AUGCCCAUUCGCAGCAUCGACCUCCUUUUCAGCAUCAUAGGCGCCAUAACUAUCAUCUCUCAGCAGACAGUGGACCCUCGUGGUUUCGCGAAGGCCCAGUCCGGGCCCCAGCUGACGCUGUAGGCGUCAGUGCCUGAUGGCAGACUCAGUGAGUGCUAGUCAGACCGACACAAUUCAAGCGGAUUACAAUACAGGCAAUUAUAUCAGUCUGUAGCCCGUACAAGAUGAGUUCUGAGUCGCAUAUAUGUGAUUUAGCCAUAGCUUUAAAUUUGGAAAGUUGGGGCUACAAGAAAGCACAUACAGUCUUGACUGUCAGGCCCUGUCCCAUGAGUUUUUGUUUUUUUUGUUGUUUCUUCCAAACUUCAUUAACUUGUUUGUACAUUAUGUAAUGCUUAUACACUAAAUUAUUUUAUUAAAAAACCCUGCACUGUUUUACAUCAUUGCAGGGUUAACAUGACACAGUCGUCUUGGUGGCUAUAGUGUUCUUUUAAGUAUGCACAACACAUAUUUGUAUAAAUUUUUUUAAUAAAAUAAACAAAUUAAACGUUAGCUUGCUCCUAAACCUGCCCUGCCAUUUGUGCGUUCAUUUUCUGCUGAUUGAUGCCAAUAAGUGAACGUGGAAAAUGACGGAUACCUUCACAAACCCCUUCUUGGCCUGCUAUCUUACCGUUUUCUGGCCCUGGCCGACCUUCCCCCCCAAUAACAACUAUUUUUAUAGGAAGAAUUUUCAAAUGGAAUAUGUCUCAAGCAGAACAUUUGAGAUUGUAAGCUUGUUUGAGCCGGGCCCUUAUCACCUACUGUUCCUGUAUGUCAUUAAUUUUCUUAAAUUAAAUGUGCGUCUUGUUUCCUAUUGUACAGCGCUGCAGACUAUGUUGGUACUAUCUAUACAUAUAUAAAAUUGUAAGAUAUUUUGGGGAAAAUUGUUGAAACAAAAUAGUCCCUAGCGUCAGGGCAGUUGGCAGAUACUAGUCGAAAUAUAAGGGGUGCGUGUUAGAAUGACCACGGGCCACCCUGGCCAGACGCGUACCGUGCGAGCACGUCUAGUGUUACGUGUAUUAUCCUCCAUACAGGGGACAUGCAUGUUGUUGCUAGUUAUGAUGAUACUAGAGACGAGAGUCAGGACGAACGACCAGACGUGACUGUUCGGCCAAACUCGGGACUGUUGGCGGUUAUGAGCAUCAUUGAAUAAAUGUUUGAAAAGCUCAUUAGAGACAGCUUUAUGUAACAUGAUUGAAGGUAACAUUUCCUCUCUAGAUUUCCCAAUAUCAGCCUUUUAUUAAACAAUUAAAAUAAAAUAAUAAUAAUAAUACCACACAGCACCAUUUCCUGCCAAUAGCCAUUUAUUACUAUGUACACAUUACAACAGCCCAGUGACUGAAUCACUGACACACAGGAAAAUGGGAUUAUAAUGGCAUGUGGUUUUAAGCGGGUCGGGCAAAUGAUGGCGGUCUCGAUGACGUCACUCCCGCCUGCGGUUCGGCCUCUCUGCGGGUGAUGAUGGUGGAGGGGGGGGGGUUGGAAUGUUCGGCGCGCGCCGACGAAGAGGGGGUUGCGUGACGUCACAGGGUGACCGUUAGCGGCUGCUCUGUUGCCAGCCUAUUCCCCCUGACUGCGCCGCAUUCCAAACAGGCUUCCAUUUGAAAAGCACCGGUCGCUUCAGCCAAUCAGCGUCCGGGAAAUUUCCCGCGGGCUGCUGAGGAUCGAGGGGCGUGUCCGGCCCCCAGCCGGAGGAGGGGGCGUGUCUCUGGAGAGUGGGUUUGUGGGAGUGGCUUAUUUGGCGGCGGUGGUGACGGCGCCUCUCCAUUGAUUGCCAGCCAGGAGCAGCUUUUACCUCAGGAUGCGACAAACAGGUCAUUGAGUCACGUUAUCUGUCCGCCGCGCUGCCCUCUCUCCCCCCCGGCACGGCUCGCAUGGCGGCCUCUCACCCGCUGCCCGCCCGGCCCUGGCUGCAUGCUGGAGGAGAGGGGGGGGGGUGUGGGCGGCUGGGCCUGAAACUUGGCGGGAUCAGCUCAGCAGCCCCGCUCCAUCCCAUCCUGACCGAAUAUUCCCCGAAUAUCCCCCGAAUAAUCCCCGCAUAGCCGGCCCCGGGCAUUGUCUGGCUCGGAGUGGGGGGCCAGGCCGCCAUACUGGGGGGGGACAUUGCACUGAUAGAGCCAGGCUGUAUUAUUUAUAUAUCACUGGGAAUGGGAUUAUGGCCUCAUUAUUAGCUCAGCCAUUCAUUUUAUUCACUGGGUAAGGGGUGGGGGGGUCUGUAAAUACCAUGGAUCCCCCCCCAUAUAAACAAUUUGGUAAUACCCCCUACAUAAUAUACUGGUUAUCAUUCAUUUUAUUCACUGGGUAAGGGGGGGGGGUCUGUAAAUACCAUGGAUCCCCCCCCCAUAUAAACAAUUUGGUGGUACCCCCCACAUAAUAUACUGGUGAUCAUACCCCCAGACCUCAUCCACUGGUUCCCCCCAAUCCUUCCAUACAUAACAUACUGAUCUUCCUCCCCACACUGGUUACCCCCCUACAUAAUGGUAAUCUCCCCCCCAAUACAUAGCAUAUCGAUCAUCCACAGGUUAUCCACCCCCCACACACAUAAUCUACUGGAGGUGUGACAUGAAGAAAUUGCUUAAUUUGUAUUUAAUACAUGAUUGAUUUUUAAAAGAAAUGUUUUUGCAAAUAGAUAUGCAUCUCCUUAAAAAAAAUCACGGGAAAGGGGAAAAUUUAAAUUUUAUCCCCAUUAAUACUAAAUUAAGACGUUAGCUGCUCGAGGUUUUUUUUUUUUGCCAUUUGUUUAUGGUUCCGUAAAUGUUUCUACACUCAUAUACCCUUGCACUGAUUUGUUAUUUUUUUUUUUUGUAUGGAUAGAAGGCAGAAUUUUAUGACUUAUUUUGAAAAGACCCAAAAUUGAAUGAUUUGACCUUUUUAAUCCAUGUGUGUAUUGACUUGUGUGCUACGGUGGGUCAAAUUGUCAUUCUAUUCUAUAUUUUCAUUUUGUAACAAACAGGGCUAGGGAAGAAAGUUUCCAAAGCCAUGAAAAAUAAGUUUUUUAAUUUUGGCAUUGUAGAGUGACUUACAGUUUAGAUGGCUUCAUGGAAGAUCUCCAGCUGUUGACGAGCAUCAUUUUCUGUCAUUCAUGUUGCUAAGAAACAUGGGGAUUGUAGUGUAAUUAUCUUUUGGAAAUGGCCUUUUUUUGGCAAACAUCUGAGCUUUAAUUUUGCAGUUAAUUUAAGCUGCAAACCUUCUAGAUUCAUUAGGCUAGGCCAUGGUUCAUUUAGUGAGAACUCUUUUUCUGGUUUUCACCUCAUGUGAUAGUAUCACCACAAGUGAUAGUGGUAAAUAUUGAUUGUUGCUUCUAGAGUCAAUGAAACAUUUCAGUGAUGUAAUAUGGAGAUACUUCCUAUGGUCAUAUUGGUGUUCACCAUUUGUAUCUUCAGUCUUUUGAGCAUGUUCCUAAGUGUAAAGUCAGGCAUGAACAUAUUGCAAGCUGUCAAAGAUAAGUAAUUGUUUAAAAUAAAAAUGCAUAUCCUGCAUUUUUAUUCAAUCCUUGCACAGCUUCAUUUGAUCAAGACUGCGGUGAAGUGGUUGGAAGUCAUAAGUAAAAUUGAGAUGUGUAACGUUUGCACUCGGACGUUUUCUUCUUAAAUAUCUCGCUAUGAUUAGAAAAUGGCUUGUGAUCCUUUAGCAGUAUAUCUCAAAAGUGAAACAUGCUUUAGUAAUCACUGGUGAAUAUUUAGAGAUGUUAUUGCCUUCACAUUUGUGCUUCUUUGUGUAGUUGCUUUUUUGUGUCCAAGUCAUAUCCAUCCUUCUUUGAUGUUAUGUCACUUUGGUAUACUGUAUUGUGCUAUGAUGCUAUGUUAGAUUUUUCCUCAAAGCACUGCAGUAACUGCAUAGGCUUAUUUGAAUAACUUUUAGCUAGAUCUAAAUGCAAAUGUGUUUGUUUACUGUGAUAUAGUGAAUUUUAAUAGAGAAUUGUUCUCUUUUUUUAUUAAGGCCUGAAAGUUUGUAAAGAAAAAUAAAGUACAGGUUCUUUGUUUAGCAUUAUUAAUGAGAACUGCAGAUAUCAACCCAUUAUGGUAUGAAACCUUUUACAUGCAGUGGUUAUCCUAAAUAUGUAAUGUAGUCGAGCAUAACUUUAGUGAAGGAGUGAGGGCAUCACAACUUGGAUGUAGAUAAGUAUAUGUUUGCAGAAUAUUAGGCUCCAGAUGAUUUAAGAACUGCCCUUGUUAAGUUGGGAGUCGAGGACGGUCUUCCUGAUUCCUCACCAAAAUACAGUACACCAAUGCUCACAAGUUUUGAAACAAAAUGUCCUCUGAUUUAUUUUUGAUUUUACAUACAAGGAACGAACAUGUUUGUACACAUAGUAUUAUUAUUAAUUCCUUAAUCUAGGAUAAAGAUCCAUUUGCACUCCUUGAUACUGUUCCUCACAAUAGGUUAGUCUUCAAACUAAAAGAAAUUGGUCUAGAUCAAUAUUCUUGUUCUUGGGUAGAACAUUGGCUUAAGGAUAGAGUACAACGAGUUGUAAUUAAUGGUAAAUUUUCAGGCUGGACAAAAGUGGUAAGUGGUGUCCCUCAGGGUUCUGUUUUGGGACCACUUCUAUUUAACAUAUUUAUAAAUGAUCUUGAAAUAGGCAUUAAAAGCCAUGUAUCAGUGUUUGCAGAUGAGACAACACUUUGUAAAGUAAUAAAAUGUGAGCAGGAUAUUGCUUUGCUGCAGAGAGAUUUGGAUAGAUUGGGGGACUGGGCACUAAAAUGGCAGAUUAAAUUUAAUGUAGAGAAAUGCAAAGUUAUGCACUUCGGGGUUAAGAAUGCACAAGCAACUUACACACUAAAUGGUAGUGAAUUAGGGAUAACCACACACGAGAAGGAUUUGGAAUUGUUAUAGACAACAAAUUAGGCAGCAAUAUGCAAUGUCAAUCUGCAGUUGCUAAGGCCAGUAAGAUUUUGUCAUGUAUAAAUAGGGGCAUAAAUUCUCGGGAUGAAAAUAUAAUUUUGCCUCUUUAUAAAUCGCUGGUAAGACCACACCUUGAAUAUGCUGUGCAAUUUUGGGCGCCUGUUCUAAAGAAGGAUAUCAUGGCACUGGAGAGGGUCCAGAGACGCGCUACAAAAUUGAUAAAAGGAAUGAAGCAUUUUAGUUAUGAAGAAAGGUUAAAAAAAAUUAAAUCUGUUUAGUUUGGGAAAAACGGCGCCUGGGAGGGGAUAUGAUGGCUUUAUACAAAUAUAUUCGGGGCCAGUACAAACCAUUGUGUGGAAAUCUAUUCAUAAACAGGGCUAUACAUAGGACACGAGGUCACACAUUUAGGCUGGAAGAAAGGAGAUUUAAUCUAAGGCAAAGAAAAGGUUUUUUUACAGUAAGAACAAUAAGGAUAUGGAAUUCUCUGCCUGAAGAGAUGGUUUUGUCAGAGUCCAUACAGAUAUUUAAACUGAAAUUGGAUAAAUACUUACAAAAACAUAACAUACAGGGAUAUAAUUUCUAAUUAGUGGGGUAAUAGCUGCUUGAUCCAAGGAGACAUCUGACUGCUAUUUUGGGGUCAAGAAGGAAUUUUUUCCAAGUUUGUGGCAAACUUGGAAGUGCUUCAGACCAGGUUUUUUGCCUUCUUUUGGAUCAACCGCAACAACAUUUGUGAGAGAGGCUGAACUUGAUGGACACAAGUCUCUUUUCAGCUAUGUAACAAUGAUAUUUAGCUGAUAGCAGAAGAGGCUAAAACGAAUAUAAUGGGGAAAAUAACUUUGAGAAAUCACACCAAUCUAUAUGCCAAGAACUGUCAUGUAGUGUAUAAGAGGAACAUGCAGGAAAAAUUAGUCAAGUUUUGCAUUAUUUAGUCAUAACCUGAAUGGCAUUGACUAAAAAAUGCAGGCUUAUUAUGCAAUACUUCAUUGUGACACGUUGGCCAACACCAAAUGCCCAUUUUUAAAAUGCACACGUUUUCAAUGGCAAAUGAACACUGGUUUUAUAAUCGUCUCUCCUGUUUAACACUCUCACCAGGAGAAAAUUAUCCAUUCUGCAUGCUACCACCAUUCAUCAAAACCAAGAGCAGAUGCUGUUGGACGAAGUCUGCUCCAUACAGAGGCCUAUUCUUUUAAUACAAAUUAAGACCUAGUUUUAAAUUGGUUUCAGUUUUUGUCACAUUUAUUUUGUUCAGUAAAACAAAAUGAAUAAUAUUUCAAAGUACAUUAAUGUCAUUUCUGACUAUAUUUCUUUACGCAGCAGUUCUUAUUGUGUUAUGCUGCAUGUGCAGACUCUUGCGUCCAUUUCUGUUGGACGCUUUGUAGGUGGCAUUCACGUGUUGCUAGUAGUUAAAAUGUAUUUGUCGGGUCUAUAACUAAACACAGAUUUUUAUCUGGAAGGGCAAAAUUUUGUGAAAAUGGCUGGGUGCCGAAGUGAUUUGGCUAGUCUCUUAAAGGGACAUUAUAGUCACCAGAACGACUAAAGCUUAUUGCAUUUGUUCUGGCGAGUAGAAUCAUUCCCUUCAGGAUUUUUGUAAUAUAACACUUGCUUUUCUGAGAAAAUGCAGUGUCUACAUUACAGCCUAGUGAUAACUCCCACUGGCCACUCCUCAGAUGCUACAGGUGCUUCCUGGGGGCAGUGCUGCAAAGUGGGCAGGACUGCCAUUCAGUUUCUCCACACUCUGCAUACAGACACUGAACUUUCCUUAUAGAGGUGCAAUGAUUCAAUUAAUCUCUAUGAGGAGAUGCUGAUUGGCCAAUGCAGUUUGACUUGUGCUUGCUCUGCUCCUGAUCUGCCUCCUUGAAGGUCUCAGCCAAUCCGUUGGGGAAGCAUUGUGAUUGGCCGAGACAACCACUUCUUUUUUUUUUUUAACCUGUUCAUAUCCUUGACGCUAGCCUUGGUACCUCUUGUCCUAACUGGGUAGGAAGGGGGGGGAGGGGGACAGCAUUGAUAACUUGUGACAUCUUGUUGUCUUGUAUUGCACUAGAUAUUCUUUUAUAAUAUUCUAGGUAGCCUUUGGUGUUGUCUUAGAUAUCUUAUGACCCUUGUUAUGUCUCGCCAAACCUAUAGUCACCCAUCUAUGCCACCUCAUCGCAUGUUUGCUUUGUCUAUCAUUUAGUCGGCUUGCCAUGCGUUCAUAUGUAUAUGUUGAAUCUAUUCUGCCUAAGAUCUCUGGCAAAGUGGGCGCCUGUACGGUCUUCCACCUGUGGGCAAUUGCUCUUUUGGUUGCCAUUAAGCAGUGGAUCAUUAUGUAGAUCUUAUCUUCAGGAAGGGUAUCAGGGAAGAUGUGCAAUAUAAAGCAUUUUGAUUUCAUUGGUAUCUCGAUACCUAGGUUUUUGCGUAGAAGUGAAUGUAAAUCCUGCCACAGUGUAGUAAUCUGUGUGAGACAACCACUUCUGAUGUCGGGGCAGAGCCAGCAGCUGCAGACUUGAAUACAAGUAAGAUUUUACUAUAUUUAGGGAGGCAAGGGAGAGCUAGAUGGUAGUUUUUACAUUAUAGGGUCAGGAAUACAUGAUUGUGUUCCUGACCCUGUAGUGUUCCUUUAACUAAUGCUGAUUCUGGUUAGAAUUCAGUCAACUCAACCAAAUCGGCAAUAUUUUGUCAGAUGCAUUUGGUGUAAACUGAAAAAGUACUUUUCACUUCUGAACCCCAUACAGGCAGGGUUAUUAAAUAAAGUGAGUCAGUAAGUUUUAAUUUCAGGCCAAAUUAGCAGAUUUUGAGAAACUUUCCAAGCCAGCUAUCCUUCAGGUUUGUUUACUUUGGUUUGGAAUUCACUCUGAAUUCUCAACAAUUCUAACUUCUGUAAAUUACGUUGAUGCAACAUAAUGCAAAUUGAACCUCCUGUGUCAUGCUGGCUUUGGUCCCAGCAUAUAAACAGUGGUAUCAAUUACCCUCUACUGUAGUCCUUCCCACACCAGUGCUAGCAGUUUGUGCUGCGGUGUUACCAUAGAAACCACUGCAUGUAUGCUUUGCUCGGAAGAGCAGGAGGGCCACCUGUGGGAGGUCUUAUUUGCUCUCAAUUGUCUGUCAAAUCGUUGGCAGUCGGUAACUGGCUGAGCGUUGAGAGAGACCUAUUUUUCAGUGGGCUAUUCCCAAACUUUACACUUGCUAGCAAACCUUUAAAGGGACACUACAGUCACCAGCAUUACAGCGUAAUGUAGUGUUUCUGGUGAGUAUAAUCCUUGCCUUCAGGCAUUUUAAUGCAAACACUGCUUUUUCAGAGAAAAUGCAGUGUUUACAUUGCCCCUAGGGACACCUCCAAGUGGCCUCUCCUCAGAUGGCCACUGGAGGUGCUUCCUGGGCCAAUGCUGCACAGUCGGCAGCAUUGUCGUUCAGCGUCUCCACUCACUGCAUGGGGACGCUGAAUUUUCCUCAGAGAGAUGUGUUAAUUCAAUGCAUCUCUAUGAAGAGGUGCUGAUAGGCCAAAACAGUGCCAGCAGAUCCGCGUGUAGCUCGAAAUAUGGUGUUUUUAAUUGCUUUUAAGGGGGCUAAGUGAGGGGUAAGGCCACCUAAAUGAUGGGUUUAGCACUUUAGGGUCAGGAAUACAUGUUUGUGUUCCUGUCCCUAUACUGUUCCUUUAACACAAUUUUAUAGAGAAUUUCAUGUUCUUUAAAUCAUAGAGAUUAGUUCAUAAGUUGUACCUCGCAUGACUGGUACAUUUUUAGGUUGUCUGGCAAAGGCUGUCCGUUCUGCAGGUGCAAGUUUCUGUUUCCAGAUAAACUGAUCACAUUUGUUAAGGCGCCCGUGUAAUGUUUCUUUCCUACCUUUUUUCCAUCCUUAUCUUAAUGAUUGCACUCUACCAUUGCUUUUUGCUUCGUUAGGAGACUUUUGCUUGUCUUUCUAAUGCUGGAAUUCCUCACGCUUUGCACGAGAACAUCUAGCGUAAGCUAAAUAGGAAAGCAUUGAUACAAUUCUUUACUUAUGGGGUUGUCCUAAUGUGAGUGCAGGGCUCGCUGUGCAUUAGGUCCCUGACCUCGGGGGAGGAAGAGCGGAGGCGAUAAGUGACAGAAUGGUAUCUACACUGUUGAGGUGGGCGAGCAAGAGGGACUAUACUGCUAGGAAUACAACUUUGUGAUCCUAGCCUAUAAUUUCUCUUUUUAAAUUAAAAAAAGGGGGGGGGGGGUGGAUUUAAUACCUCUGAUCCUCUUCUCUCCCUGAAAGCUUCAGAGUUUCUCAUAGUCACUUUUUUUUAUUUUAUACAAGGCAGUGUUUACAUUGCUGGCUAGUUACACCUCUAGUGGCAAUCACUCAGAUGGCCAAAGAGGUGCUUCCUGUGUCAGUGCUGCACAGACCGUCAAUGCUCCUCAUAGAGAUGCAUUGAUUUCAUGCAUCUCUAUUGUACAAUGAUUGUCGCAGUGUGGCAUAAAAAGCCUUUACUUACUUUAUCCCAGCACCGAUGUCGCUGGCUCGUGGCUACCGCGCACAUUAGACCUCACCAUAGGAAAGCAUUGACUCAGAUAGAAACAUAGAAUGUGACGGCAGAUAAGAACCAUUUGGCCCAUCUAGUCUGCCCAAUUUUCUAAAUACUUUCAUUAGUCCCUAGUCUUAUCUUAUAGUUAGGAUAGCCUUAUGCCUAUCCCACGCAUGCUUAAACUCCUUUACUGUGUUAACCUCUACCACUUCAGCUGGAAGGCUAUUCCAUGCAUCCACUACCCUCUCAGUAAAGUAAUACUUCCUGAUAUUAUUUUUAAACCUUUGUCCCUCUAAUUUAAGACUGUCCUCUUGUUGUGGUAGUUUUUCUUCUUUUAAAUAUAGUCUCCUCCUUUACUGUGUUGAUUCCCUUUAUAUAUUUAAAUGUUUCUAUCAUAUCCCCCCUGUCUCGUCUUUCCUCCAAGCUAUACAUGUUAAGAUCCUUUAACCUUUCCUGGUAAGUUUUAUCCCGCAAUCCAUGAACCAGUUUAGUAGCCCUUCUCUGAACCCUCUCUAAGGUAUCAAUAUCCUUCUGAAGAUACGGUCUCCAGUACUGUGUACAAUACUCCAAGUGAGGUCUCACCAGUGUUCUGUACAAUGGCAUGAGCACUUACCUCUUUCUACUGCUAAUACCUCUCCCUAUACAACCAAGCAUUCUGCUAGCAUUUCCUGCUGCUCUAUUACAUUGUCUGCCUACCUUUAAGUCAUCAGAAAUAAUCACCCCUAAAUCCCUUUCCUCAUAUGUUGAGGUUAGGACUCUAUCAAAUAUUCUGUACUCUGCCCUUGGGUUUUUACGUCCAAGAUGCAUUAUCUUGCACUUAUCCACAUUAAAUGUCAGUUGCCACAAUUCUGACCAUUUUUCUAGUUUACCUAAAUCAUUUGAUUUGGCUUAUCCCUCCUGGAACAUCAACCCUGUUACAUAUCUUAGUAUCAUCAGCAAAAAGACAUACCUUACCAUCAAGACCUUCUGCAAUAUCACUAAUAAAAAUAUUAAAGAGAAUGGGUCCAAGUACAGAUCCCUGAGGUACCCCACUGGUGACAAGUCCAAGCUUCGAAUAUAUUCCAUUAACUACAACCCUCUGUUGCCUGUCACUCAGCCACUGCCUUACCCAUUCAACAAUAUUGGAAUCCAAACUUAAAGAUUUCAGUUUAUUGAUAAGCCUUCUAUGUGCAACAGUGUCAAAAGCCUUACUGAAAUCUAGGUAAGCAAUGUCUACUGCACCACCCUGAUCUAUAAUUUUAGUUACCUUCUGGGACUACUCCUGUUAACAAUGAUUGGUUAAAUAAAUCUGUUAAUGGUUUUGAUAGUACACCACUAAGCUCUUUUAAUAGCUUUGGGUGUAUUCCAUCAGGUCCCAUUGACUUUUUGGUCUUUACUUUUGACAGUUGAAAUAGAACCUCUUCCUCUGUAAACUCACGUGUAAUAAAUGACUCAUUUAUCCUUUUUCUCAACUGAGGUCCCUUUCCUUCAUUUUCUUCUGUAAAUACAGAACAAAAAUAUUCAUUGAGGCAGUCAGCCUGACCUUUAUCCUCUUCUACAUACCUUCCUUCUUUUGUUUUUAAUCUAACUAAUCCUUGUUUUACUUUUCUUUUCUCAUUUAUGUAUCUAAAAAUGUUUUAUCCCCCUUUUUUUACUGACUGUGCUAUUUUCUCUUCUGUGUGUGAUUUGGAAGCUCUUAUAACUUGCUUAGCCUCUUUCUGCCUAAUCUUAUAGAUCAUUUUGUCUUCCUCACUCUGGGUUUUUUGUUAUAAUUCCUAAAUGCUAACUUUUUGUUUUUAACUAUUUUGGCCACAUCUGCGGAGUACCACAGUGGUUUCUUGAAUUUUUUGCUUUUACUGACAAGCCUAAUGCAAUUUUCUGUUGCCUUCAAUAGUGCAACUUUUAAAUAAUCCCAUUUCUCUUGGACUCCAUUUAAAUUGCUCCAGUCUGAUAAUGACUCCUCUACCCAUAUUCUAAUUUUAGAAAAGUCUGUUUUUCUAAAGUCUAAAACUUUUGUUUUUGUGUGGUGUGACUCAGUCACUGUUCUUAUAUUAAACCACACUGACUGAUGAUCACUGGAUCCUAAACUUUCACCUACAGUAAUAUCUGAUACCAAAUCUCCAUUUGUUAACACUAAAUCUAGUAUGGCCUCUUUACGAGUUGGCUCCUCAACAACUUGUUUUAGAGACAAUCCCAGUAGGGAGUUUAGAAUAUGUGUGCUCCUGGCACAAGUAGCUAAUUUUGUUUUCCAAUUUACAUCAGGAAGAUUAAAGUCACCCAUGAUGAUAACUUCCCCCUUCAUUGUCAUUUUAGCUAUUUCCUCAACUAGUAGAUUAUCUAACUCUUCAAUUUGUCCUGGGGGCCUAUAAAUCACACCUACACGAGUUACUGUGUGAUUACCAAAUUCUAACGUAGCCCAAACGGACUCUGUUUGCCUCACUAACUUUUAUUAGGCUAGAUUUUAUGCUAUCCUUCACAUACAAGGCCACCCCUCCCCCUUUCUUGCCUUCCCUAUCUUUCCUAUAUAAAGAUACCGGACCAAAGGUAUGUUACGAUGUUGGAUGUGCCUCCAAUGGCUGUCUACUAGACAGCUACUGGAGGCAGACUUAGUGCUGCAAUGUAAACAAUGUUUAACAUUGCAGCACUAAAUGCAAUAGGGACACUGUACCAAGACCACUUCAAUGAGCUGAAGUGGUCUGGCUGCCUGGCGUGUCUCUUCAAACACACCCCUACUGAAUGCCACUAGAAGCUCUUCCUUUGCUACUGAGUGAAAACUCCAUUAUGUGACUUUUAACUUCCAUGAAGAUGCCGAAAGUCAUAUGCAGUUCAUAGGUAAGCAUUUGAUUGGAUGCGCACAUCACGCGCGCAUCUUGUCCUCCAAGCUUUUCUAUGAAGAGCAUCGGACAAUCAGAAGAAAGUAGUGAUGCCAUGUGAGGCAGAGGGGGCAGCAGCACAUAUGGAGUCUCUGCACUAAAAAAAGGAAGUUAAAUUAUUUUUUUAACACAUUUACACACAGGCAAAGACUUUAAUAAGGGACUAGGGCACCAUAGCGUUGGGAAUACAGAUCUGUAUUCCUAAUACUAGACGGUUCCUUUGAAAAUAGAUUUGCUAGGUAUUGAAUAGCUCCCUUUUUAUUUAUUUUUUAUUUUUUUAACUAGCAGUUUCCAGUAUACAUGCCAGCAAUAUACUUUAUAUAGUACUGUUUGUCCCUAAGAAAUGUAAUAAUGAUCUGCAUUAGCUGGGGGGCGUUCCCCUAACUUACGUUUUACUCAAAGGUUUAUUUAUUUAUUUCUUCAACUCAAAGUAGUGGGUUGAGUCCUUGAACUCCUCCAAGGUAAUCCUGAUCCGUUUAAUCUGUUAAUAUUCUCUCAAUUUGAGUCUGUAGUAUUUUAACAUGGUCUGCUUCAGGUUCAAAGAACAAACUGUAAAAUGUGAAUUCCACUCCGACUAAAAUCUCCAUGUAGAAUAGUUGGGUGUGUGGUGUUUUUAUGAAGUCCCCUAGGGAUCUUCUCACAAGCAAAAUAUUUCUCCAGGCUAUUUAUACAAAGCCUUAAUUUCUUAAAUAGCUACCUUCGUUAGCCAUACAAAUUGUGUUUUGACAUUCAAAUUCUCUUCAUUAUUUAUAGUGUUCCUCCAUCUUUCCAAUAAUAUUAUCCACUUUAUAUUACCAAUAAUAUAUAACUGUGCACUAUCAAUGGAUAUCCCCCUUCCACCCCACCCGUAUAAAAGAAAUGCAUGCCAUUAAUAUUUAAUUGUAAUUAAGUCCAAAAAUAAUUUUCGAUUCUUUUGAGUAUGCAGGACUUUAAGUAUUUGAGUCCAGAUAUCAGCAAGACUGAAUUCAGGCUCAUUCUGUGCCACUAGAGCAAAAUGUGAUUGUUAAACAGUAUGAACCAUAUACCGACUUGGCAGUCCGAAUGACCCAGUAAUGUAUUGAAUCGUUUUUGCUUCAUUUGGUUUGGCAUCUUUUGCACAUUAUGAAUAGAACCCUGUAUUUGUGUGUACUAUAAAAUAUAUAAGUAAUCUGCUUGAUUUGUGUAUGCAAGCCAAAAGGUGAUUCUGUCAUCAGCAUGAUUUGUAUACAACAGUCCUCCCUAACUCUUGUGAAAUUGUAUUUGUUUGUUUUUGUCAGACACUUUUCAGGGUUUAUGGUGUGGUGUCGAUGUACUAGUGAUGUAUUGCUGGUUUAGCUUGUCUGCUUUGGAACAUUGUAUAAUUAUGGUUCUCUUUAGGUUUUAAUGGAUGCACUUAUAAAAAAAAAAAAAAAAAAGCAUAACUUGCACUUUGACAUUUUAUUACACAACUAAAGAACACUGCUCUUUUGAAGAUUUACAUAUGUCAAUGUUGAGUUUGUUCUGUGCAGAAUAGUGCCCUUGAGCAAAAACAAAAUGCUUUAAUAGUGAUUCUAAAUCUCAGCGGGUAUAGCUGUUAGAUUUAUUGUAAAAUCAUUGAAACUUUAAUAUCUUGCCAUUAUUCUGUAGAGAGAAGCAUCCCUCAGUACUCAACCAGUGGUCUGUAGCUGGUAAAUUGUCACCAAGUCUUAACUAAAGGUGGUAUGUAGCAGUUGUGAUUGUCUCUUGAUGUGUUUACUCUAUAAAUGAUGGCAGGAGUGUAGUAGUGUUGUCACAUCUGUUUCAGAUUUCAGUUAAUGUUACAUUACAUUACACUAGCUGUCUAACACAUUCAGAGAUUUGCAGCUAAAAUGUUUGUCAGAUACACAGUUCCACCUUAAAGCGGCACUAUCACUACCUGGCGACUUUGAAUAUUUUUCAAAGACUUCGGCAGUGAUAUUGCCGCAGGAGGUGGAUGGCAGGCAAAUGUGAGUUUUUAACUCACCUGAACAAGUCGCUAGUUGGCGCUAUCUUUUUCCUGCUGGCCCUCUUAUGCCCCUGGAGCAUAAGCAUUAUUAUCUAUGGGGGUCCUGCGAGAUCCUCCAUAGACGCGGCCUACUCCCUGCAGCCAUCACUUGUGGUGGCUAGGGGAUUAACACAUCUAGACUUGGUAACUUUGCUUAGUCUCUAGAAGUGUAAGGCGUAGGAAAAAUACGGAGACAAUGGUCCCUACUUUCUCCAUAUAUCUUUUGACUGGAGUAAUAUUUCAAUUAAUUUCCUACACAGUCUGAGUAUUUCAGAUUUUUUUUCUGAAAUACUUAUUUUGCAGGGGGAGGUGACAGUGCUGCUUUAAAGUGGCUCUACUAAACGCCCUCCCCCCCACCCCGAAACAACCUCCCAAAUAAAGACUGAAAUUUCACUAAAUAUUCCAACUCAAAGAUUGGAGUCACAAAGUCUGGGUGGGAUUAGAAUGGAAGGUCUUUGAAAGGCUGCAGACUAGUCUGCAGCUUUUGCCAGCUGUUUUUAGAUAUACCCCCAGUGGAAAACAGUAUAAUUAAAUAUAUGCUUUUAUUGGGGUUGUAUCCAUUCAAUUUCUUUAAUUUUUUUAAAAAAAUAUUAUUUUUUUUGAGGUGGAGGGAGUUCGUCAGUGGAGUUUCCCUUUAACCGUAACAGUUUGUCAAACACUAUGCAUGGUCUCCAAUCUGUCCCUUGUGCUUAGCUUUCAGGGCUAUCAUAGAUGCUAGGUGAGGAGCAUUUUGCCUUUACUGUUGCUCUAAAAAAGAUUGUAUGAUAAGGGUGCUCAUCUUAAAAUAUACUUCUAAAAAUAUGACUUACUUUUGAGGAAAACUUAAAGCAUAAUUAUAUUAAUACAAAAAAGGUUGGAGGUACACUAUAACAUUAGGGAUGCAUAUCUGUAUUCCUAAUGCCACUGUCCUUGUUGCCCUUAUUAAUGUACAUGUGUACAGCGUGUUAGCCAGGAGGAAAAAAGCAAUGUACACAGGCCCAACCUGGAUCAGUGCCAAGGUUGGAAGUGGCUGAAAUCUGUCAACCAAUCCUAAUCAACCCACAACUUUGCUUAGGUAUAUUAAUUAACUCACAAAAUAGAUUGCUUCACUUAGUAUUUUGCUUGUAAGUGACUUGAACUUUAUCCAGUUUACAAUUGCUACCUUUCCACCAGGAGUUAAGUGUCUUGUAGGUUUCAGAGUGUGAGUGUAAGAUCGUUCUUCUAAUCUGCUGAAGUUCUUUAACGGGAAAUGUGUUUCUCACUUACGGCAGUGAAAAGUAUUAUUAUUUUUUUCCUGACAGGAAAGACAGCCAUAUGGAAUUUACAGGCUAGACAGGCUGCGCAUUAUACUUCAGAUUUGUGGUGACCUCCACUUCUGAUAAUAUAUAAUGCUUUAUAUGCAAAUAAAGCCAGAUUCUCUGUUUUGAACUUUCGAUAGUUGUACAAAUCCCCAUGGUUUGCAGCUUCUUGCAAUGAGCUCUAUCCAGACUAGGAAGUCUGCCAAUCCUGAUCCUCUCAGUGGGAGUGCUCAGCAAAAGUGUAUCGUAUAUGACCGUUCCUUUUAUCAGAAUACAAGCAGUUUUAAAGCUUUGCAGGUUUUGUUUCUAAAGUGAUUUUAAAAAGAUUUCUUGUCCACCAAUUUCUAAUUGUGUUUUUGAAACUUUGAUAACCGUAUACUCGAGUAUAAGUCGACCCUAAUAUAAGUCGAGACCCCUAAAUUGUACCCCAAAAAACUGGGAAAACGUAUUGACUCUAGUAUAAGACUAGGGUGGGAAAUGCAGCAGCUACUGGUAAAUUUCUAAAUAAAAUGAGAUCCCCCAAAAAUCUAUAUUAAUUGAAUAUUUAUUUACAGUGUGUGUGUGUAUAUGAGUGCAGUGUGUGAUGCAGAGCCUUGGUGGGGGGUGGGCAUUUUUAUUUUUUGUUAUAUUUUUAUUUUGUAUCAUUUACAUUUUUUUUUUUUUGUCCCCCCUCCCUGCUUAAUACCUAGCCAGGGAGGGGGGCUCUCAUUCCCUGGUGGUCCAGUGGUGUGCACUGUGUACGAGGGGGCUGGCAGGAAGCGUUUACUUACCUUUCCUGCCGCUCCUGUCAGCUCCCUUCUGUCUCGUCUGGUCAGCUCUCCUGUCGGCUCCACUGCCGCGCGGAGCUGACCACACUGCUCUCGCAAGACUUACAGGGGGAGCUGACCGGACAGGAGGAGAGAGAAGGGAGCUGACAGGAGCUGCAAGAAAGGUAGGUUACAGCUCCCUGCCAGCCCUGUAAUGAGCCCGGCGGACCUUGUCUGUAUUAUGGCAAUGUAAGUUGCAAUAAUACAGACACUUUUCCAACGUCAGCUUUGAAUGCGCAUGCACGGCAAGAGCCGCACACACAUUUAAUAAGUCCAUAGGAAAGCAUUUCUCAAUGCUUUCCUAUGGACGUCCGCGUCUUCUCACUGGGAUUUUCCGUGAGAAGAGCCUCUUGCGGCUGUCGAUGAGACAGCCACUAGAGGCUGGAUUAACCCUAUUGUAAACAUAGCAGUUUCUCUGAAACUACUAUGUUUACAGCUGCAGGGUUAACCCUAGAUGGACAUUGAGCUAAAGUGGUCUGGGUGCCUAUAGUGGUCUUUUAAGCAAAGUCCCAUUUCAGGUUUAACCUUUCACCUGAAUCAUACAGUCCAAAAGAAUCCCACAGUAGAGCAAAGUGAUGGCAACACAUAGAAAUUGAGAUUCAGUGUAUAGAAGAAUACCUGGCUUUAAGGCUAGUAGCAGCCUUUCUUUAAAAAAAAAAACCAAUCACUUUAGAAACCUAUUUUAUUUGUGUUUUUUUUUUUUUUUCAGCCUGCCGGGCAAAUCUCCAGGGUGCAAGGAUGUUUAUAUUGUCAUCAUGCCGGUGUCUGAAUGGAGUAACAUCAGUCACUCCAUUCCCUCACUCCGAAAGUAGGAGGUCUAUGUGCCUUUAUAAGUCCAACCUCAUCCUUUGGUUCGCAAAGAAUUUUAGUCCAAUAGCUUUAUAGAGCAUGUCACAAUUUUAAUGGAUACAUGAAGCAAAUACUUAAACUGCAGGUGAACUAAUUGAGCUGUAAAGAAUGGCUAUAAUUAGUUUUGUAGUGUGUUUUUUAUUUUAUUUUUUUUGCUUAAUUUUUAAUAGGAAUCCUUAAAGGGCAUCUGUCAUGCCCCAAACAAUGUAUACUCAUUAGAUUGAACAUAAAAUUCUACCUAUAUCUUGUGUUAGCAAUUGCAGAUUAGAAGAAAAAACUAUUUAAAAAUAGGCUUAUUUCCCAGCUGUUAGUCAAUGUAGAUCAGCCCUCUGUUUCUCUAUGAAACAUUUGAAUGAACAUUGCCAAACAGUAACAAGAAAUUAAGUACUGGAGAAGAAAUGGGUGGGUUUUCAUUGGCCAGGAGGUCAGUUCUUCUGCUAAUUAAACUUUUGCUUUUAGGGCUAAGGAAAUAUUUGUGCACUUUAGGGAAUGCAGUUUUUGUUUUGGGGGUGCUGAUUCAUUCUUAUGUGCAUAGUAAGUAGGCUUUUUUGGGGGAGGGAGACAGACGGACAAAGUUUCUCUUUAGUAGUCUUAGAUCUUUGUUAUUCCUGGACUAUCACAUAAAAUUCUACAAGGACAGCUACUUUAUCUGAUUAACAACCUUAACCUUUUCUGUUAGACAUGCAAGCAUUCAUAUUGAGCCUGAAUGUAUUGUAAAUCCCAAUUUAAUGUUUUAUAAAUUAGUUUUAUUAGUACAGAAACAAAACCAGAGACCCCCAACAAACCAGAAGUAUUAAAUGCAACAAUAACUGAAGGCAAAAGAAAUGACUAUACAAAUUCAUUGGAUGCCUCUAAAGCAAUUUAAAAAAAUAAAAUAAUAAUAAUAUAUAUUUUGAAAAGCUUUAAUUCAUGUAGCUAUUUAUUGAAUUGUAUCUUGAUAAAUAUUCAAUGUUUGCUAUUAUUGACUAUAAAACCAUCCUUCUCUCCAAACAUAAGGAUCCACAACAUAAUAGGUUUUUGUAGCUCACUUAGUGUACUGCAAACACUUUUAGUUCAUGUUUCUGGGUAGUAUUAGUACCUUAAAUGAUCACUAUAGGGUCAGGAACACAAAUAUGUAUUCCUGACCCCCUAUAGUGUUUAUCUAGCCCCCCUGGGCCCCGUGUGUGUGUGUAUAUGUAUAUGUGUAUGUGUGUGUGUAUAUGUGUAUGUGUGUGUGUAUGUGUGUGUGUAUAUGUAUGUGUGUGUGUGUGUAUGUAUGUGUGUGUGUGUAUGUGUGUGUGUAUAUGUAUGUGUGUGUAUGUGUGUGUAUAUAUAUAUAUAUAUAUAUAUAUAUAUAUAUAUAUAUAUAUAUAUAUAUAUAUAUUCAUUCUUACUGUAUUCAAGCCUGAAGCUGUAACUCUGCAUGCUGUUAGACUCAGAAAAACAAGCAGUCUGUUGACAUCAUCAGAAGUGGUAGCCUGAUCCAAUCACAAUACUUCCCCAUAGGAUUGGCUGAGACUGACAAGGAGGCAGAUCAGGGGAGGAGCCAGCAUGGUUCAAACACAGCUCUGGCCAAUCAGCAUCUCCUCAUAGAGAUGAAUUGAAUCAAUGAAUCUCUAUGAGGAAAGUUCAGGGUCUACUUGCAGAGGGAGGAGACACUGAAUUUUUGAUACAUUUAAGGCAGCCAUGACCCAGGAAGGAUCUCCAACAGCUAUCUGAGGAGUGGCCAGUGAAGUUAUCACUAGGCUGCAAUGUAAACACUGCAUUGUCUCUGAAAAGACAGUGUUUACAGCAAAAAGCCAGAAGGUAAUGAUUCUACUCACCUGAACAAAUUCAAUAAGCUGUAGUUGUUCUGGUGACUAUAGUGUCCCUUUUAACAUUAAAUCCUAAACGGCUGUAUCCUACAUUUAAUCCUAAAGUGCUUCACAUUAUCGUCUGUAUUAAUAAGGUUUUAAUGUUUGACCCCUCUAAUGUUGAUAUUCCUUUUAAACAGAAGACCAUUUCCCUUAAAACUAAGAGAUUCUCUAUUAUGUUUAGAAAUAUAAUCUGCCUCCUCUCUAUUUCACUGUUUCUGGACUUGUUCCCAAAUUAACCGUUCUAGAGGAUCAUAGUUAAACAUUGUGGUGAAAUGUUGCAUACUCAUUUUCUUUUCUCCAGAAAUCUGCUAUAUUGGGCUGUGUCGCGGUCCGCCUCCUCCGUCAUGCGACGGGGCACAUUAGACCUUCCCCAUAUGUUAGCAUUGCCACAAUGCCUUACUAUGGGAUUUUCUCUGAUGCUGGAGGUUCUCAUUCAUAGUGUGACGACGUCCAGCGUUGUUUCACAGAAUCAAACUGGUAGACUGCAGCUAGAGGCAGUCUUGGUUCUAGUUUCUCUAAAAAUGCAAUGUUUUACAUUGAUAUGGUCUGGGUGCCAUGUCCCCUUUAGUCAAUGAGAUGAAGUUGUCUGGGUGCCUAUAGUGUCCCUUUAAUAACUAGCUUGCUGCAGAUACCCAAAAUCUGAUAAGUGCCUGAGUUUCUUCUUUGAAAGAUAGAAAGUGCAGCAAGAACCUGGCUCCACAUUUGGCAGCUUCAUUGAGAUGCCAAGUUCACCAUUCCACAUUCAGAAGAAGCUUGAUCAGGAAUGGUCUUUGUGGAAGGGUAUACAUUCCAAUCUUUGCAUAUCUUAGCCUUUUCACCCUGUUCCCAUUCUGAAAGUCAUCCCUUGGCUGCUACCCUUCCGCAAAAAACAUUCCUGGUCAAACUUCUUCGGACUGUAGAAUGGUCAACUUGGUAUCCUGAUGAAGCUGCCAGAUGCUGAGCUAGGUCCUUUCUGGACUUCUUGAUGUCUCUCAACAAAGAAACUCACAUGAAUGCCACAUCUUGAGUAUCCAGUUUAUUUGCUGAAUUCCCUUUGAGUGUGGCCUUGCGUGUAUGCAUACAUACAGCAAACACAUUUCCUGGUUGUAUUCUACUGAGAGAGAAUUAUUUAUGGUCAUUAUACCAUUGCUAAAACAAAUUAUCUAUCCAGAUAUGCUCUGAGGAAGCCUGAUAAGGCAAACUCACUGGGUUCAUUUAUGCAACAUAAGAACAUAAUAUGUAUUAAGUUAUGGUCCAAGGAGGUCCUGCUCACAGACUCGCAUAUUAGUGUUCUAUUCGGGAAUGGUUUAACCCCUGUGUCUUCAAUCCAACAUCCACUGGCUCUGCUCCUUUACUUGCAUUCAUUUAGGAAGCCUCAGACUGGGUUGCUGAUGAUGGGAUGAGUAGCUCCCUAUUCACAAAUUAUAGUGAAAAAGUAUUGGCAGUCCUCUUUCAACCUAUCACCACCCCUGUUGUUGGCAUGAAUUAUCAUAGCUAGAAUAAAACUUGUAAACUGUCUUAGCCACACUGCUAAUGAGUGCCAGGCUGUGGUUGUUCUAGACUGCUUGAAGAUGGUUUAAUACUACUCCACGCACUAUAACCAACUCAAUGAGCAGAAAUGCCUAUAGUGCCUGCAGUUCAGUUUGCAAAACAUUGCUUUCUGGUAUUUGCUAGCACACAAAAUUGUCAGGAAGAGCAGCCUUGAAGCUGGAAAUGUGCAACCGUGUCACUUUGUGAAAGUGACCACUUUCCCUCCAGAUUAGGGUCAGUGCAACAAGAGGGUUAUCACCAUUUCCUUGCAGCAGAAAAGGCAGGCAGAACUGUAUUAAAAACUUAAAAAGGUUAAGCCCAUCCUCCUCUCAAUACUAAAUAAUGUGAUUUGUGAGUUAGUGAUGGCACGUUUGGCAUGUUUGGAAGAGAAAAGCAUUAAAUGACAGGACUGGAAUGUUUAGUUUUUCUGUAAAGUUAGAGUGCUUCUCUACCUUUUCCAUGUGCUCAAGGAUUAUCCAGACAUGCAUGUGGGUAUCUACAGAGCAUGUAAAUACUACAAAGAUGGCUAUAUCCAUUUGAAGCCGCUUCGGCAAAACUAGUUGAUUUAUGAUGUGAAUGCUUAGUUGGGAAUGGUGAGGAUAAGUUAAAUCAUAGAAGGAUAAAAUCAAACAAAAAAUGUGAUAUUUUUUUUUUCUUUUCACUUUAUUUUAAAGCUGCUCACCUUAAAAAUGGUUGACAAAAUAAAAUGUAAGUCAAAUACAUUUAACAAUAUAUGGUGAAUGAAUGUAAGGUUUCAGACCUGUAUAUUAGUGUAAAUAUAAAACGGAUGCUGUGCUAUGUUUAAAAUUUUAUGGUAAUGCUACCAGUUAUUUAUGAUCUGUGGAAUGUUUAGAUUAGAAUUUUAACAAAAUUCUGGAACUGUGGUAAAACCUGAGAUUUGUGUUCUCAAGUGUCAUUCACUAAAUUUAUUUUUAAACAAUGGCAAUGUAUCUGUGUUAAUUGUGGUGGAAAAUUUCAGUUUAGUUUUAGUCAGUAUUUGUCAUAUGAAUUGUUUUAGUUGACUAAACCUCCAGAUUUUAGUCGACGCGACCAAAAUCUAAUAGGUUUAGUUAAAGCCUCUAUUUGUUUCUUUUGAUAGUCUCAUUCUUCACACAUAAAGCACUUCAGCAAGGUAAAGUACUUUAGGGGUAACAUUUUGAAAAUGGUCUGUUUUCCCUUAGGCACCCACAUUUCAAGUUUCCUCCACACAGCUAAACCAUGCAUUUGAAUUCCAAUUUAGGUCGUAUUUAUGCAAGUUUAGGUCAUUAGUUGGUUGAGAACAUCAACUGACAUUGCGAUUGUGCAUACAUAGAGAUUAAGACAAACGCUGAGACAAUGAGGGUGUUGCUGCAUUUCAGACUUUGGAGAAAUAAACCAAAGAUUGUGCAUAGUUCAAAACAGACAAUGGUUUGCAAAAUGAAAUAAGCCUUUAUGAUGUAUAGAUAAUAGCUCGGCCCCUACCAAGAACUGGCCAAAUUGAAAGCAGUAUUGAACACGUUUGCUGUGUUUAAAAAAUUUUUUUUUUGUGGGUGCUGUUCUUGCAGAGUAAAGAGUGAGGUUGCAGUGGUCCCGACAUUUAAAAAGGUUGUGUUUUUUUUUUUUUUGGGGGGGGGGGUUUUGGGUUAAGCUUUAAUGUACUCUAUCAUGUUGCCCUACUGUCAAGUGUUCUUUAUUUUAAUGGCCACCUGUCUCUUGAAUGCGUCUUCAUAUUGACAUUCCAAGUGUGUGUAUUCAGCUAAGCAAAACCUGCUUCAUGGUCCUCCUCCAUUGAAAAUACAUAAGGAUAUCGGGAAAUAUUUUUCACAAGAUCAUCAAUAGAAAGUGCAAAGUAUUUAGGAUCAUGGCUCUUUUGACAGUUUCUCUGUGAACUUCGUACUGCCUAAACAUUCAUAAAUAAAGGGUUGACCGUUUCCAUUUUGUGUGCUAUUGCACAUACAGCAGUCAUGAACAAGGCCAUUCCAAGUGUGCAUCUGAUUUGGCUCAGUGUGUGCCAGGGUUAAAAUUUGAAAAGAUCAGUGUUCUAGACACAAAAGGAUAAUCACCCUGUUAACACCAUCCACACAGAUCUUAAUAUAAAAGCUGCCAUGAACAGGACAAUUUAAAAAUGGAGAGUCCUAUGUUACUUUAGCCAAAUUAGACUUAGAACCCCAACACACUUUAUAACAAUCAAUAUAAACAAGAUUCAGUACUUCCACUAGCCAAAUGUAGAAAUUCACUACUGACAGUAUGUUAUGGUUUGCAGUACCGAGUAACUUUUUUAAAGGAUUACUCCAAGCAUGUGUUGUCACUAUAAAUGUCUGCACAUACAGAGAUUAACGUUUUUGCUGCCAGUGGUGUAAUUUCACCUCUGGCCUUAUUGUGAACCAUUAGCUGUUUACAGGCAUACUAACACCAAUUGUGUGAAAAAAAUAGUGUUUUGCACUACAUGCUGCUGACAGAUGUGAAAAGCUUCACAUUUUAUUCAUUUUAAAAUUCUAACCUUACCCAUCCAGAUCGCGCACAUGUUCUCUGAACAGGCGAAAUGGUCCAAUCGCAGGUUUCUCUAUGAUAAGACAUCAGAAGAUCAACACUAGGUACUUCGUCUGGUGCUGGAUUCCAGUUGAGUAAAACCUUCUUUUGCUGAAAAAUGAAAUGGAGAUCUGCUGAAUAGGGCAUAUUACACUGGAAAGGUCUCCCCUCUCAAAAGGCUUAUAUUAGCUGUUUAGGUUCUUUAACGUUGUUCACAAAAUAUAGAUUUUUAGCAGAUUAAUACCUUGUUUUGAUAUUUUAAUAUUUGUAAAUAACUUUAAAACCUUUUCAGGCUUAAAGGAGAAUUGUUAAAUAUAUCAGGCAAACUAAUAAUAUGUGUGCAUCAUACUUGUGAUUAUAUUUGUGUGCCUUAGCUGGAAUGUCUGUAUUUAUAAAAUAAUAAAAUAAAAUAAAAAAAAAAAAUGUGUGUGUAUAUAUAUAUUUUUUUCAAUUCAGGCAUACCUUAACCUUUAAAACAAAUGUACGUUAGGAAGGAACACUCCAGUGUUAUAUGUAUAUACUAAUAUAGGAUACACCCCUGCCCUCCUUUCCCUGAAGUAAAGCACUUACCACUAAUGAAGCAGCAGAAAAAAAAUCGCACUGCCUACUGGGAGGCCAUCAGUACUAAUAUUCUAAUGAUCAGUAGAAUGCUUCUCAAAGAGAAAUAUUGCCUUCAUGUUGGUUGGAGCAAGGAAAUCCGUUAUAUCACCCUCCUAGUGGUCUGACAACCGGGAGUGUACAAUCCUGUCACUUUAUAAAACUGCAGAUGUGUCCUGAGAUUUUUACUUUUUUUAUAAAGAGACAAAGAUGGACAUUCUGAGGUGUGGAAUAUUCCUUCAGCCAUUGAAAGUCCAAACCAAUUUUUGCUGCAGCUUUAAUCACUUGUAUAAUAGUGGUUAACCUGGUUUGAAUUCCACAUUACAAUCCCUCCCUCUACCCCCAUUAUUUUGUGAGGGAAUGCAGAGUGUAACAGUUUUUUUUUUCCUGGUAUGCUCAUUUUGUACUUCCUGUAGUAACAUUCUCCAUUUUGCUUUUUUCCUUUUAGUGUAAAAUUGUUCCAUUCUACCUGAAUUCUCUACAGUUAACAUAAAACAACCACACAAUGAAGCAAGUUCCUCAUAUACUCGUGACUCCUGUCAUGAAGAGUUCCAAUCCUGAAGUUAGCAGAGAGUGCUCUGUAUUCCUUGGAAGAGCUCAGAUUUCAGCAACUCUACAAGAUGGGGUCAUUCAGAAACUUAAUGGCCACGAUACACUACCAUUUCUUCCACCUGAUAAACUGAAGGACCUAACAUCACGUGUUUUUAAUGGAGAUUCUGGGGCCCAAGAAGCCAAAGUUCGCUUUGAUGAACCUGAAAUUAAAGGUACCGAGACACCACCUUCAACUACCCCAACAAAGAAUGGAUCACCUGAAAUAAAAUUAAAAAUUACUAAGACCUACAUGAAUGGAAAGCCCUUGUUUGAGUCUUCGAUUUGUGGGGAAGCAGGGGAAGAACCUACCAAUGCAGAGGAAGUUGAGGAGGAUAAGAAAAGUAAAAGAGGAAGGAAGAGAAAAAGUAUAAAGUUUGGCACAGCUGAGGAGAAGCAGAGUGAUGAGGCCUCUGAUAAAUCUGACGCCCUCGACUCAUCUGACCUUAAGGUAAUUUCCUAGUUUUUCACUUCUGAUAACUCAAAUUGCCUAUAAUAUAACUUGAUAAGCAGAACAGAUCUAGCAAGAAGCAGCUUAUGUCAUAAAGGCACUACCCCCAAGCAAUUAGCUUAAUUUAAAACAAAAAAUAUAAGCCAUUGAAAUGGGCAGUACAGGCAAUUUAACCACAAUGGCUCGCUGUGGUUAUAUUGUCUAGAGUGGAAGUGUUGUUCCGGUUUAAUAACAAACCAUUGCAAUGUUUUACAACAAGGCUGCUCUUGGUCCUCAAACCUAUUCCCCAUUUUGGGUGGAUACAUUAUGGAUGAAUUAUUGUCUAUGCUGGCAUUCUGGACAAGGAUGUAUUGCAAAUGUUAAGUUGUGACUAUAGCUGAGUUUGGAUAAUUCUUCCAGUUCAGCUUUUUUACUUUAAUUUUUAAAUUCAGCUCUAAAGGAACACUAUAGUGUUAUUAAAUCAUUCCUAACAGUAUAGUGCUUGAAUAAAUAUUGGUUCCUUCCCCCUCUCUGUGGAGCUAAAAGGCUUUUACAUUUAAUCGCUGCCCUGGUUUUGCUGUGGCUGUCCCCGUCUCUACAGCUGAGAACAUCAGUCUGAACUGUCUCAACCAAUCCAAUGGCUUUCCCAUAAGAAAGCAUUGGGAGGCUAUUGCGCAUGUGAAUUAGUGUAACUCUAUGGGAAGCCUUUAGGGUCUCAACGCUGUACACACUAUUGAUGCUGUGUACAGUGCAGCAUUAGGUAGAAAGCACCUCUAGUGAUCGUCUGAAUGACUGUCAACAGAGGUGUUACUAGGCAGGGAUGUAAACAAUGAAUGCAUUUUCUCUGAAAAGCCUAUAUGGACAUGCUAUAGACACCAGAACCAAUACAUUGAGCUGUAGUGGUUCUGGUGACUAUAGUGUCCCUUAAAUUGCAAACACUUGUUCAGUGAAUUGGGCUACCACUUUAUUAAUCCCUUGGACAAGCAGAUUAAACAUAGAUCACAUUCCUGAUCUCAUACAUGUAGAUUGUCCUUUAAGUUAAAUGUGCACCUACCUGAAAGUGACCUGAUCUUUAUGCUUUUGACUGGUUGGCGUUAACAUGUUCAUUUGGUUUUCCAGUAAAUGGUAAAUUUUAAAAAGAGUCAGUGGUUUACAAAACAUAUCAAAUAAAAAUAUCCAUGAUCUUAGCCUUUGUUUUUCUUGCUCAUGUCAUUUUGUCAUUGUGAUUCAAAGGAAGUCUCUGAAUUGGAUACAUCGACUGCGAAAGAUGAAGAAGAUGCUUCAUUUAAAUUUUCUGUUGGAGACUUGGUAUGGUCUAAAGUUUCUGGGUACCCAUGGUGGCCGUGUAUGGUAACAUCUGACCCAGUCCUGCUUAGCCAUACAAAGAUCAAGGGUAUGUUUUUACUUUGUGUCCAUUAAGUUACACUGUGUGAAUUAGCCUUCUAUGCACACUGAAAUGUAGAUUUCCACAUAGAUUAACAAUGAUUUGGAAUAACGCAAUAAAACAUUGCAUGUAUAGUAAUUCUGCACUGUUGUGGAUUAUAAACUCUACUGCCACAAUUCCUGGAUUUAAUAUAAGGAGUUCCACCUAAUUGUAGUAGAUUCACUCUGCUGCAUUUUUUUUUUUUUUUUUAAAAUAACCAUAUGUUUAUGGGUGUAUGCUGUUGAUGAUAUUGGUUGUUGGUACAUAAUUUGCAACUGACCUUCCAAGAUUGCUCACUCAGUCUAUAACGAACUUUAAAUUUAGAUCUAUGUAAUUUCUAAACAAAUCAAAUACAAAAAAAUGCAUCUAUACUAGGGAUUAACUGAUUACUGGUCUGGCCAGUACCGAUAUUGUCGAUAAUGCAGACCAGGGCUGCCAUCAGGGUCCUGGGAGGCCCAGCACACUCUUACUUACCUUCCCAGCAGCUCCCCUGUCUAACUCUCGCGAGUCCUGCGACCGUCGGUGUUGCCACAGGUUACCAUGGCAACGCGGCACACAGGCUGCGGGAGCUAAAGGGAGCUGCUGGGAACGUAAGUAAGAGUGUGCUGGGCCCCCUAUUUUUUUUAUAUUUUUUUAAAGUUGAAAAAAUAAAAAUACUCUCACUGCAUCCACUACACACACAUUCUUGAAAACCUACAAAAUUCUGACUGGCAUGUAUAUUUUGUGCAUUUACCUUAAUAAAGAUUUGCAAAAUAAAUAUAAUAAACAUGUUCAGUUAACAGUAGAUUUGUGUAGACAUAGUUUUAUUUUUUUUUUUAAAUGGUAAAUGUACAGAAUAUCGGUAAGUUAUCGGCUAUCGGCCUGAAAGUUCACAGAUUUAUCGGUAUCUGCUCUAAAAAAAAUCAAUAUCGGUCAAUCCCUAAUCUAUACCAGGCAUAGGCAACCUUCGGCACUCCAGAUGUUUUGGACUAUGUUAAUACACAGGCAAUGAAAAAAUGUGGGGCAUCAAAAGUAAGGUACAAUCAAGUAUUCCGGAGUAUCAUCUGGUCAGAUGGAGGGAUGCAUUCGUGCAAAAUAUCUUCAAAUCUGGAAUCCUAACACUAGUAAGUUCUAGUUCUAUAGGCACCCAUACCACUUUCUCAUUAAAGUGGUAUGGGUGCACUGUCCCUGGACCUUUAACCCUGUAGUCUAAAACAUUGCAAUUUCAGAGAAACUGCAAUGUUUGUAUUGCAGGUAAUAUGUCUGACAACCACUAGAGGCGAUUUCUACAUUUACAUGGUUUAAAACCAUGGAAAAAAAAAAAACCUGUACGUCAAGCUGUGCAUGAGGGCAUCCAGUCUCUUUAAAUACUCAAUAAGAAUGCAUCAAUUCAGUGCGGCAUUUGACACGGAUGCACAUCAGGUUCCUCCUCAACAUUGUCUUGGGCUCUGGAAUCUGGUAAGUGUUUUAAAGGGUUUAUUGCCCUUUAACUGCCAUGGUGGGAGGGGGUGGUAGAGGUACACUCUAGUGUAAACAUUACAUAUUUGUAUUCCUAACACUGUAGUGUUCCUUUAAAAUGAAUCUCAUGGCAUUCUUUAAAUCAUUCAAAUUAAAGGACCACUAUAGUGCCCUGAGGGUGCCCCCACCCUCAGGGUCCCCCUCCCGCCCGGCUCUGGAAGGGGGAAAGGGGUAAUAACUUACCUUUUUCCAGCGCUGGGCGGAGAGCUCUCCUCCUCCUCUCCGCCUCCGUUGCCCCGCCGUUGAAUCGCCGCAGCGCAGCAGGCUGCGCGCGCAUUCAGCCGUCGCAUAGGAAAGCAUUUACAAUGCUUUCCUAUGGACGCUUGCGUGCUCUCACUGUGAUUUUUCACAGUGAGAAGCACGCAAGCGCCUCUAGUGGCUGUCAAUGAGACAGCCACUAGAGGAUUAGGGGGAAGGCUUAACCCAUUCAUAAUUAUAGCAGUUUCUCUCAUUCUCUCACUCAUUAAGCUGAAGUGGUCUGGGUGCCUAGAGUGGUCCUUUAAAGAAUGUUUGACAUUUAAGGAGCAAAUGUGAAUUCAAGUAUAGACUAGGAUGGGCAAAGUUUUGUAGUAAAAGAAAUUGUGCAAUUGAUACAAUCCCAGAGAUCAGCCUUCUAGUUGCUACUAGUUAUCUUUGGUAAUGAGUGGGUAAACAAACUGCUAAAUCUGUUAAAUAGUUUUGUGAUUCUUUCUUGUGUCAUUGCAUGACAAUUUAAAAAAAUAUAUAUAUUCUCCCCCCUCCCAUUCCUCUAUUUUUCUCACAUGCUUAUUUAGGGCAAAGAAAGAGUAUCCGUCAAUAUCAUGUGCAGUUUUUUGGCAAUGCCCCUGAAAGAGCAUGGAUCUUUGAGAAAAGCAUCACACUUUUCAAAGGAGAGAAUGAAUAUGAUCAGCUAUGCCAAGAGAGUGCAAAACAAACACCGAAUAAAGCAGAAAAGAUGAAGGUACACAGACUUAUGCCAACAGAGCCCCUCAAAUAUUUAUACUUCAGCCCUUUGCUUUUGCAUUGGGUUGACAAUUGUCUUAAACGUAAAGUUCAAACUACAAAAAAAUUGUAUAGAAUUUAUUCCUACAUAAUAAAUAUGUGCAUUAGUUUGUAAAUGCAUUUAAAUUAACUGCAACUUUAUCUCCCUGAUCAGCUUUUAAAACCAAUCACUGGCAAAAUCCGUGGUCAGUGGGACAUUGGAAUUCAGCAGGCUAAAGAAGCUCUAACGAUGACAUCAGAGGAGAGAAAGGAAAAAUUUACUUUUGUUUAUGUGAAGGACCGUCCUCAUCUCAAUCCCAAGGUAGCCAUGGAAGCAGGCAUCCCAUUAGAACCAAUCCCGGAAACAAGUGAAGAUAUGGAUGAAAAGUCGGAGAGCUCUAAUAAAGAUGGAGUGCCUAGCAAGAAAAGGAGAGUGUCCAGGGUUCCCAGCAAUCAAAAGUCUGAACCUUCUGAUGUGAAGUCUCCUGCAAAGGUUUCAGAGAGCCCAGAGUCUAGAAAAAAUGUCUCUUCCCCCAGCACCAAAAGAAAGUCUGGAGCAUAUACCUCAAGGAGCAGAAAAGUUGGUGCAGUGACACAGUUUCUGGUGUUUUGUCAGAAACACAAAGAUGAGGUAAAUGUUUUUUUGUUUUUUGUUAACUGGUUGCUAAAAUGUGAUUCUUAGGAAAGAGUUGUAAGGUGAUAUAUGUAGUGUGUUACACUGCCUUUAAAGCAGAAGUACUCUUUUCAAAUGGCAAUGCGCUGGGACAAAGUCAUCAGAUUGCUUAUUGCUGCAAGUGGUGAUAUGUGUGCAUAUAGUGUUUAAGCAGUACACAUGCAAGUUGUAAUCACGAAGGUAGAAGCAAACUUGGAUGCUAUUGCAGAGAGCUUCCUUUGUGAAAAAUGUUUUACUUUAAUGGAGUGAAGAGUAGCUUUUCUUAUAUGUAAGAACCAUGUCUGAGACUUGUGUAAAGGACAUGGUUCUUUUUACACACUGCUUUCUUUUGUUUGCGUAUUUGUCUAGCAUAAUCUGACCUUAGCUUUAGAUUCAUUGGUUGUCAUGUAGGAAAAAGAUAAACACAACAGACUUUCAUAUGUAAUAGGCAACUUAUAACUGACUGCUCAUUUGGUGGGUUAUUUUUUAUUUUAUUUUUUUGGUUAUUACUGCCUCUUUAACCAGAUAAUGAUGAUCAUAUAAGUGACUUGGGGGUCAAGACAAGCACACUUUAGUUCUGUCUAUGUCUAUGCACAGUGUUGCAUUCAUUGGCUGAGUGCGCCCAACUGAUGCUCUCAGCCAAUGAGUGGUUGACUCUAUUAGCAUCCUUCUUUAUGAGCCAGAUGCACGUCUCUGGCUGUAAGAGGACCCUCCGCAUCCAGCGGGCAAAAAUAGGUUAAGAGGGCAAAACAGAUUUCCCCUUUAACAGGAAACAGGGCUUCUCACAAAACCUAUAAAGCAUGGGUUAAAAUGCGUAGAGUAGCCCUUUAAUUCAUGAAGAUGAAAUGGUUAUAGAGCCUACUAAAAUAGUCACAAUAUACUUUAAAGGGACACACAGUAGUAGGUAAUAUAAUAAUUAGCAUUCUUACAGAACCAACGUGUUUUGCAGCAUUUAACAAUUUUAGAAGGCUCAAACGAGCUUAAAAACCUUGUUUCUCAGUUCUAAGGCAGUGAUGUUACCACUGCUCCAUCCAGGUAUGUUUGUGUUUGCGUGUUUUGCAAUAUCUGCUUACAUAGCAUGUAAAAUUACAUCUGUACAUUUUGUUAUCCAGUGUUUGUCAUGUGUUGCAGUUAGUAUACAGACAUCUAGAUCACUUUAUUUGUACAAAAUCAAUGUGUUAAUCAAUGUGCCCUUUUUUAUACUUCACAUUGGCAAUGAUAUAGUUGCUUUCCUGUUGGACAAUACAUAACGUCAUUGACAUGGUUUUUAAAUUUGUAUCAGGGCUUCAUAAAUCCGUGCGUAACAUUUUGUACUGUCUUUCUGACAUACAAUGUGUGUAGGAUGCACCUCCCAACUGUAGGCAUGUCUGAAGUCUCAAAAUACUUCAUGUGUUCAAUCCAUGGAUAACGAUUGUUUGAAUCACUGAACUGGUACUCCAUUGGUGACCAAGUAUUUGCAAUAGACGUUGAAAAUAGGAGUCCACAGGGGUCACAAUUUAAGGUCAUGCCCUACCUAAGGCCUUAUGGCCAAAAAUCUAUCUAUUUAUUUUUGAUUUUUUUUUUUUGCUUUGCAUUUACCCUACGUUGUGAUGCCUGUAGACUCCUGUUUUUAGUUGUUGUGUAGUGGGGCGCAGGCAGACUCUCCUCCACAGUUCCCACAUACAUUUACUUGUGUGCAGCACUCCCUUGACUUUAUGCAAUAGAAAUUGAUGCAGGAACAUCCAGAGAAGUGAACACAUUGCUGAUAGGUUAGCCAGACAUCUCUAAUGCAGUAGGUUGGUUAAAAAAUUAAAUGCUUGCCCAUUAAAGGACCACUAUAGUGCCAGGAAAACAAACUCGUUUUCCUGGCACUAUAGGUCCCUGAGGGUGCCCCCACCCUCAGGGUCCCACUCCCGCUCGGCUAAAGGGGAAGAAGGGGGUUAAACACUCACCUUUCUCCAGCGCCGUGGCUGGGACUCUCCUCCUCCUUCUGAUGACCUGGCACCCAGACCACUUCAUUAAGCUGAAGUGGUCUGGGUGCCUAUAGUGGUCCUUUAAAAUGGAACUCUAUGCAGGAUACAGAGAAUAGAGGAAUUCCUGAUAUACUUCUUAUGAUACAUGUUUACCACUUUAACAUUGUUGUAUUCUUAUUUUUUUUAAUAGUGCCUGUCCUAAAAAGUGGAAAAACAGUAUUGAUAGCUGUAUUAAUAUGGCUAAUAAUAAAUUCUCUGGAACUUUUACCAUUGCUGAAAUAUUUAUAUAUUUUUAUUUUUAACAAGCAUUCUUUCUUUGGACUUCUAGGUGAUAAAUGAGCACCCAGAUGCAUCAGCAGAAGAGAUUGAAGAGUUGCUUGAAUCGCAGUGGAAUAUGCUCAGUGAUAAACAAAAAGCGCGCUAUAACACAAAGUUUGCAAUUGUCACCUCUCCCAAACCCGAAGACUCUGGUAAACAUGAAACCACACUGUACUCUAAGGGAUUUUAAGCUCUAUCUUGAUAGUUUAAAAGAAAAAGGAAAAAAAAAAGUGAGAGAAAAAUUAAAACAAAUCAGCAGAGUUUCUUCUAAUCUACUUUAAAUAUUAAGCCCUUAUUUGCUACUUUAUUGUAAUUGUCCAGCCUGUGACCACUGUGCUCAGUUAUUUUCAAAUUGCACAGGCACAGAAUAGAUUUUUAUUAACAAAAAAGCCAUUCUCAAAACGCACUGUUUUCUUAACAUGUUUUACCUCACAAAAUAAUUAUGGACUAUAACCAUCCAUAAUAAAACUGGAUGAUUUUGAGGCUGCACAGGUGCUUUUGAUUCGCAUUUGGCAUGUAUAGAAUGUUAUUAACAUUUUAAGAAAUAUGGUGGUGGCUUUAUAGAUUGGAGUCAUAGGUAAUUUUUAGAAUAGUGCACAAACUAAUUUUAAGUAUGUAGUUCUCCUUAACCAUCUCCUCAUUGCACCUUCACCAGACCACUAAACAUAGUGCCCACGCACAUUUUUGUAUGUGAGGCUGGUACUGUGUAUAUGGGGUGAUGGUUAAUAAAUAAAAUUGAUAUAAAUGUGUAUUGGGGUACUUGGGAUAAUGGACAUGGUCACUAGCUCAAUUUGACUCUAUUACAUUGUAUGGCAUCUGUCAAUAUGAAUAGUGAUAAAACAGAAAAUUAGGAACAUUCUUAAUCUGCCAUUGCCGACAGAUGGAAAAAGUAAUGUUAAAUUAAAAAAAAAAAAUAUCAAAAAUAAUGAACUGUCCUGGUUUUAAUGGUUUCAAAUUUGUGGAAAAUCUGUUUUUACUCCAUAGUUUCUUUGAGUAAUUUACAGCACAAAUCUAGUUAAAAAUUAAUUUUAUUAUUCCUGUAAGUUCAUUGAUAUGAACAUUCGCAUAUAGGUCUGUCUGAAAUAAAAGUGCCAGGAUGGACACAUCUGUCUGUCCAAAAGGAAGACCCCACUCCCCCCAUCUGCAGGCUAUGGGAAAAAAUUGCUUUCAGAGAUACUUAAACUUGAAGAACGUUAAUUUCUCUGUUCAUUCAUCCGAGACAUAUUAAUGCUAUAACAUUAGAGCCUAUACAAUCUGUGGCAACAUUUACAAAAAUGUCCCUCAAUUUUAUUUUAUAUAAGCUUUUCACAUAAUUCAAAUCUGCUGUAAUCACUUUCCAAAUGAUGUAUUUGCAGAAGUCACUAAUAAAGUCUAUGGUAACUUUUGUAGAUAAAUCAUUUGGAAAGUUUUUCAAGCAGAUUUUAAUUAUUUGUGAAGCUUAUCCAAAAAUAUUUGAGGCCAUGAUGAGAAUCCAAACCAAUAGAGAGGCAAAUAAACCCUAUAACAAAGUGGAAAACUUUAUAUUUAAAGAAAAUAGGCAAAUCGCAAGUUCGUGUUAUGAAUUUAUUUUUUGAUUUUUUUUUUUUUUUUUUUUUUUAAAGCAGUUUCCCAUAAUGACCCAGAAAAUGAGCAUUAAGGUGAGCCCAGAGGUCUCAAGGCAAAGGCCCUGGCUUAAAAGUAAACAAACCAUAAACAAAGGUGCAACAGUGGAAAGUGCUAAUGCAGUGCAGUAAAUUACACCCACUAAGGUGUCACUCCUUAACACCAAAAAAUAUACAGUGUAUAAUAAACAAUGUCGGUGUAAUAACAGUAAAACAUGCAGAUAACCAAGGAAUACUUAUGCCAUAUACCACUGCAUUCGUAAAACACAAAUUAGAAAUACAUGGUGUUAGUAUAGCAAGACAUAAAAACAUUAUAUGCUAUGUAUAAAACACUCACAUACUGCUGAGUCAAUCUCAAGCUGACUCAUGCUUUUUGUGCUUGUGGUAAAUAUUCCUUUGUCGGAAUUGGAUCUGCAAAAUUACAGUAUAAAACAAUACAAAUUUUGGUGACUCUUAUGAAUGCGUUUCAACCCCUCAUGGCUCUUUUUCAAAGAUGCAUAUUCUUAUUGAGUAUUGUUAUUUUAUACUUUGUUUGAUAAGCUUGGAAGAUUUUCCAAAAGAGCCUUGGGGACCUCAAUUUCUUCGUUCAGAAGGUCCAAUUCCUACAAAGGAAUAUUUACCACAAGCACAAAAAGUCUGAGUCAGUUUGCGAUUGAUUCCGCAGUAUGUGAGUGUUUUAUGAUUUAUAAUUUGGUUUUAUGUCUUGAUAUACUACACUACACUAUUUUUAAUUUGUUUUAUAUAUGCAGUGGUAUAUUGCAUAAGUAUUCCUUAUUUAUCUGCAUGUUUUACUGUUCUCAUUGCACCCACAUUGUUUAUUAUACAAAGUUGGCUUAAGCUCACAUGGAGAAAUGGUUCUAGGUUAGACUCAUUGUAAAAUAUUUAGUUUUGCAUUGCAGAAUAAUGCAUGCCGUGUUUUAUUCACUAAACCGUGACUUGUCUGGAAUGCACCAGGACGUUCCAAAUUUAAAGGGUCUCUCCAACCCCUAUCAUUUUUUUUUUUUUUUUUUUUAAAUGUAUUAUGCCCUAUUUUUUUUCUUUUAAGUGUAGUCUUUGGUUGGACUCUAUAGCUUGCUCAGAGCUCAUGUGCAAACUGAGCCAGUGAGGGAGCCUAAAAAAAGCUUAAAUUAAUGGGUUCUGUAGUCGGGUGGGCUGUAGGGAGGGAGAGGAGACCUAAGACUCCCCUUGCAGGCAGAGAAUUGGAUUGUCUGUUGCCAGCAUGCAGUGCACGCUGACAUGUAAAAUAAGCACAGAAUCGACAUUAGGCAGUCUGGUGCAAAUAACUCUGGUUGUACACCGUUUCAAGCUGAAAUGCUUCACAGACAGAUUCUUAACUCCAUGACCACUUCUCUCUUUUUAAGUCAUGGAGGAACGAAUCUAGCUGUGAAGCAUAAGUAGUCAUGGAUGCUGGAGUAACUUCUAAGGCCAAAUCUCCCCUCUUACUAUUGUAUUCUAAAUUUUAUAAUUUGUCAGUUUGUGAGUUUAGUGAAUAAACCUUGGUGUCCAUGGAAAUGUGCGUAGGUUUAAUAUGCUACUUAAACUAUUUCAGACAGAUCACUGCAUUAAAACCAGGCUUAUUAUUGAAGGAUUUAUACAAUUUAACAUUACUCUCCCAUUAAUGCAGAAGGUUCCGCACAUAAACGUAUGUUGUAGUCUAUUGACUGGCAAAUUCAAUGUUCAUUUCUCCAUUACAGGCUUCUUUUUACAGCCUUAAGGCUGUAAAAGCAUGGACAGCUGCUUUUUGAAGCUCCACUAAUACAUUGCAUUUUAGUUGCCCCCUUAAUUUAAGACGUGCAAGCAGGUUUACUGAGAAAUCGACAUUUUAACAUGCAGCUUUCCAGACUGGAGUACAUGUUUUGUCCUCUGUCUAGUGGUCUUCUUCAGCGAUACAUACUGUUUUGGGCAGAGAUUCAGAUGAAUAAAAGGAUGUAACUGAUCAAUAAUGUAAAAUGAAUGCUGCUGUCCACAUAGCCUCUUCUCUGUCCCGCCACCGGAACAGUGACUUGUUUCCUUGUUUGUAUCUGAAAAAUGUCAUGGAAUAAUUGGAUACCGGUUAACAUGAAAAACACAACACCCAAAAAAACUUCUGUAUCUCUCAAGGUACAUCAACGAAGAAUAUCCUGGAAGUCAAGCGAAACCUUCUCCAAGAGUUACCGCAGAGGAACUCAAGAUCAAGAAGUAAUUGAAAUAACCUGUUAUGCGUUUGUUUUUAUUUUUUUUAGUGUUCUAGAGUAAAACCUGAAAACUAAAAGGCUCUUCUAAGAGAUUGACAAUAGACAUGGAUUUGUUAAUAUUUCAAUAUCUUAAUAGGUGUAGUGGUGAUUUUUGUCCUUUUUAUCAUGGGAAACCCACAGUGUAUGUAACAAGAAAAAAAAAAUUACUGUAAGUUACACGUGAUUUGUUGUGCGGCCUUUACAUCAAUAUUCCUUCCUGGCCAGUUAAAUAUAGAAUUGUACCCUGUUUAUUGUUGUAGAUGUACACCCUCACCUUGUUGGGAGCCUGGGAUUGUUUUAUUUUUAUUCAAAAAAUUUUCCCCUCUAAUUGCGUGCCCCGCGAUAGACUUGAUUACUAAAGGAAGAAGUGCAACUCUAUUAAUAAACCCUUUUAAGUUUUGCAUUGAGGGCUCUGUUUGAAAGACCGAUUUUGUAAAUACUGCUAUUGUGAUAUCCACUUUAGUUGUGCAAAGUCACACUUGUUGUAAUCACCCAUAAAUAACAGCACACUGAUUGUCAUAACUUUAUGGUAUAUGUAUGGGCACAACAUGCAGCGAUUGCAUCAUUUCAUCAUAAUAAACAAAUCAUUGCAUCCGUUUUUGUACAAAGAGUAAAUAGUGUGGACAGAGCUGUUUUAAAUCUGGAUUUUGAGUGCCCUAGCCUUGUGGUUUUAUGCAUUACUAAAGUUUGCACAAUAUAUGUGUGUAAUAAAUAUGUAGAACAUACUUGCUCUGGGAUUCCAUUUACAUGGAAAAUUUUAAUGUUAGAACCUACCGUGCCUUAUAUAACGGUUUACAAGCUCAGGUCUUAAUAGACUGUAAAUAUUCUGUGAGAUUGGAGUAUUCUGCUUGAGCACAUGUGUACAAAUCAAAUCAAAUUAAACCAUUAGCUCACAUUGUUUAAGGUCAGGUGUUCAGAAAUCACAUGUGUUUCCAUGCCUAUAUUACACCUGCCUUAAAUUUGGCUGAACACUGUUUGAGACAAUUUUCUCUUUAGUAAAAUAACUUUCAUGGGGUCUUAAAUGUCAUAGAUAACAUCUUGUGAUAAAACUGACUUACUCUCUAGUUCAACUGUAUGUUUGACUGAAACAUUAGAAAGUGUGACAUUUCAUAUUUUUUUUUUAAAACAAACUUUCCUCGUGCUCGCAAACAUGGAUGUGGUGAAAAAAGAACUUCACUUUUUAGAAACAUUGAACAAUUAUUGCUGCUUAUAAAGCAGUUUGUUCCUAAACAAACUCAUGUAACUAAUACCAUAGGAUCAACAUUUUAGUGGCAAGUACUAGAUGCUCCAGGUACGCAAAGUCUGUCCUUUAAAUAAUGUGUUCUGCAUGGCUUCAGCAAUUAGCUUGAAGCAUUUUAAUAUAUAGUCUAUAUUUCUCGUUAUUUAAAGAGUAGUUUGGGCACAUUUAUGCUACACUGUAUGCAAGGGUUCAGACUUAAAUGGUAUUGAAGUGUCAAAUGAAUACAGAUGUUUUCAUAAAUAAAAUGGGGAAAAUAAAGAUUUUCUGUCAGGUAUAUCAUAAAAUGCCUGACUACAUUUAAACCAAAAAGGGAAAAUAAACUAUUACUCCUGGGCUUUUCAUACAAGUUUCACAACCUCCCCCUAAAGGUAAAUUGCAUGGAAAUAAACGAAACCACAUAAAGAGGACACGCAAGCGAGCUGAAGACUAUGAAAUCAAGGAAACUCCUCUAAAGAGACUUCGUGUGAAUAUCCAAAAGGUAAACUUCUUUUUAAGUUUAUUGAGACUCUUUUCUUUUUAACCAACACUACUUUACUAACAUCGUAGCUGGGCUUCCCUGCUUAUUUCCAAAACAAACUAUAAAUAGGAAUACCCUCUUAUGUAGGUACUAUGUGCUCAAUUCUGCGUAUUUAACACACAAAGCUCUAAAGCUCUGGUAUAAUUCAACAUAGGUGGUACUGUACAGUUAUUGCAGAUCUACAAAGGUGUAGUCUGUUAAGAACAACCUUUCCCUCCUCAUCUUACAUCUUCAUAACAAUGUUACUAUAGUUUCUAUUCACAUUUUAUAUUUCUUCUCCCAGCCUCCAUCCAUCACAAGUAACAAUUUCUCUAGUCUUUCUGUAUUUAGAGCCACUGACAAACUUUCUAGAAUAUUGACUUUUUGCAGCCAUGACACAAAUGGCACACUGCAGUAGUCAUAAUGUUGGUGGGUUUUUUUUUUUUUAAUAUCAGUAUAGAUCUGGUCAUAUUGGUUACAAACUUAGGAAAAGGGAAAUCUAUACAUAAUACCAAACACAUGUUCUUAGGAAAAGGAGUCUGGUUCUUUGAUAUUUUUUUUUUUAGAGAAGUCUAUAUAUACACUUUUGACCAUUUCACAACAGCAAGUUCAAAUGGCUAAAAGGAAGACUUUCUGUAUACCAGUAUUUUAUCAUAAAAUACCCGUGCAUACAGCAAAGCUGUAACCAUUUUAAGCAUGCAAAAUGGUGGGUUUGUGAAAACGGGCGGCUCAGAAUACUACAAUAUUUUAUGCGUCAAUGAUGGAAGCACGCUUUAAGAAACUGCUGUCCUUAAUGGUUUUUGUUUUUGGAAUAUCUAAUGCAAGUAUAAAUCUAAGUUCCCAUUUAGUUCUGCACCUCAAAACUCAAUUUAUUAGGGGAAAAAAACAAAAGCAUUUAUGGUUUGGUGAAUGAGCUAAAGGUUUCACAUGUGGAAACUGUGUAGGUAAAUAGUGCUAUAAAUAUAAAAUUGUUCUAUGAAGAAAACACUGACCUCCCUCUGUAAUUAAUGAUCAUAUUUAGGGUUUGUGUUGGAUUUCUGCAAAAAGUAUUAAGUCCCUUCUAUUAAAUAUUUCCAGUUCAAUCUAGUUCUAAAACAGUUGCUUGGGAACGCUGGCAUUCUGAGAAUAGCAUUUGGCUGUAGCAUAGUAAUUGCUUAGCUCAUGGACAAAUAGAUGGACGUUAAAAAGAUAAUGUAGGUGAUUAUAUCUGAUCAAUUCAUCCUACAGGAGAAACCAGGAAUAUGAUCAGACUCGUCUUAACUGCUUAAAUCAAGUAGACGUCAUAUCACUUCCUGCUUUAAACAAGGCAUGCGUAGCCUUUCCAGACUUUUCUGCUUGCCUAGCUUUCCACUAGAGGGCAUGCAAGCAUUUUGGAAUUUCCUAUGCUACUUUUAACUCUUUGUAAUGUAGAUCUCAAUUAUCAGUAGUUCGUAUGAAAUAUAUCACACUAACAUUUUCAAAAUUUUAAAUUGUCCAUUUCAAAAACUCCCACCAGUGACUUUUGAUAAAUAUUUAUAAUCUUGUUUAAAGAUUUAUCAGGAUAUUUGGCAUCUGAAGGACACGUGUAUCUCAUACAUACAUAAUAUCCCCAACUACUUAUCAAAAAAAAACUAUUGGGUAGUAUGAGAUUUUAAUUUUUUUAUUACUCUUACUUUUCUUUAGCAAAAAGAAACCACCAAUGAAAAAUCCCACAGGGCAUGUAGAUCCAGAGACACUUCCUCAAUAAGAUCCAAAACAGGUAAAUCAGAAGCUGUUUAAUUCUAAUCAUUUGUGGCUGAAAGAGACUGCAAGUUAGGAGUACCUGGUUUUCUAAUUAUAUUGAGCUAAUAUUACUAAAACCUUAUUUUUCAUGGAAACCUUGUUUAUAUGCUAUCCUCAGCUUUAUUUAGUUUGCUAGCUACAAAAAAUGUUUGUAUUUACAUUACUUGUAGGUUAUGGAAAUUAAUAACUUUAAAAAAAUAAAAUAAAAAAAUGUUUUUGUCUCUUUAAUAAAUUGUAUGUAGUUUCAUGUGAAAACAUCAACAGUGUUUUGAUAGUAACAAUCUUUGAUACAUCAACACGUUUUAUAUAUAGCACAGCUUCAGAGCAGGUUGUUUUUUCGCACUGGUAUAGUCACUCAUUCUGUCUUCUAUACAAACCGCCAUAAAACCUGAACUGCAUGUGUAUAUGAAGUCUUGACUCUCAAUCCUUGUUUGGGAAUACAAUCCAUGUAUACUAGAUGGAUUUUAGCGCUAAACGAUGUUGCAGUAGUUGUAUAAACACCUAUCAGUCUGUCUAAAGAGCAGCAGGUGUGUAUUUUUGUUGCAUUGUGAUUUCUUAUCUGUGAAUCUGUCCUGGUCACAGAAUGUUAGCAAAGUGCAUUCUAAUCGGUGUGGCUUUCCAGGUGACAUUAGCACAGUGCUUUCUACUCUUUCAUAACUAUUCGGUUAGAAUUGUGAAUUUCGAUUGGCAGAUUUCCGAAUCGCAUGAUAGAUUUGUGCUUCUAAACUCCCGCUUUUUAGUUGCAUUGUCAUCAGUGCAGUUUUCCAGGUUUCAGUAGCACCGUGCUUUUUUACUCAAAGCAUGUGUUUAGGCAUCAUCAUGUAGUUAACAUUUUAAUCGGUGCCACUUUCUAUUGUAUCUUCUACCCUGUGCAGUUUUCUAAAAAUUGUGAUGUUAUCUGUGUGAUUUCUACUCUGCAACUUUCCAUCACCUGUUAAUGGCAUGCGUUUGAUGUGAAAUGUUUAAAUUUUAUUCUGCCAUUCUCUGUCUUCUUUUAAUCUGUCAUUAUUUGAACCUGCAAAUAUUUCUAACAAGGCAACAGUGUAACUAUAUUUCAUUUUUAUGUUCAGGAAUGCACAGCUUAUCAGAUGACUGCAAACCACUGAAGAAGCGAAACCGGAAUUCAAGGAUUGGCUGUGCCACACUUGCGGUUACCAAGAGUUCUCUGGUAUCCCUGACUGAGAAUGAGGUAUUCUCUUUAUUAGCAAGGAAUUCUUUAACAAGCCAUUGGCAUGUUGUGCAACUCGGUCUUCCACCAACAUGAAGUGCACUAAAUUAACAUUUCUGUUUUAGAACAAGAGUAAGAACGUAUACAUGUAGAUUUAGAAAGAUCAGUGUACAUUUUAUAAUUAAAAACUUAAUUGUCUUGCCAACAAAUAAUUGCAAUACAGAUUUUCUAUUUUAACCCUUAAAGGGACACUCCACUGCCCAAAUCUGGGUAUUAAUAUACCCACAAUGAAAACAUGCAUGCAUUUAACUAUGCAUUUUUUCUUUUGGAGUAUAACUAGUAACGGCCUACAAAAGCUACAAAUCUUUUCGGAAGCCUUUCCUUUCUAGCCCAGACUUUGAUUGUCAAGUCUUUAUAAAUCAGGUUUUCUGGGCAAUUGUAACUCUAUAGAGCUACAUUACCAAGAAUUAACAGGGGUUGUAAAAAGGUCUAUUUAAAACAGUGUCAAUUUCUGUUGAAAUUUCACUUUUUGUAAAUUGAGGACAAAAAUACACAUUCUUCACACAUAAAGCACUUCAGCAACCUGAAGUGUUUUAGGCGUUUGGAUUGUCCCUUUAAAUCUAUUCUUCUUGGGAAUAGAAACUUAAGAAAAUGUGUUUACACAACUAUACCAGAGCUCCCAAAUGCUGUAUGAAGUCUAAAACAAUGCCUGCUUGUGCUCAUUUGAAUGUCAGGCAUGGGACUCUGGGCUAGUUGGGGAAAUAUAUCUCCAAUAUCUAUGCCGAAGAAGCACAUCUCAAACUCCAACUUGAGAUAUGCAAGUGAUGUACAACAGUAAUUUGUGUUUAUAAAUGCUUGGAAAAGACUUAGAAAUGCCGAUUGGUUAAUGUUAAUGUACUUUAUAUUUUGCACCAAUAAAAGUUAAGUCUGCUUUUAAUGUGUAGUUAUUGAUACCUGGCAAAGAUUCCGAACAAGGCAACAGUGUAGCUGCUUUUUUUGUUGGUUGUUUGUUUCUUGUCUUCCGAUCAGUUGAUUUUUCCAGGGUGUUUUUAACAUGUAUCUUACUGAUUUGUGCACAUUUUUGGAAUUCUAAAAGCAAACUAGAUGUACCUUUUUUCGGAUUAUGUUUUAGGAAACUUUCUUAAAAUAUAGGUUGCAGUGUCUCCUAGAGCUAUGGUAAACUUGAUUGUCUGUCACUUUUUUUUUUUUUUUUUUUUUGUAAAUUCUUUAUUUUGGUGGUUUUCAGUAUUUUAAAGAAGUUGGGGUACAGAAUAAAGAUAAGGGGUGGGGUAGAAAACAUUGUGGUUACAUUUGAGUUUGGUAGCUUAAUACAUUGUAAGUCACAUAACUUAUUUACAGCAAUUGUACUUUUGUUUACAUCAGGACCAGAGUGGUCUACAUCUCGUGUGGCCCUCAGUCCUUCGUGGGGUGUUGUGUAUACGUGUUGUGGGUUAGGUGUUUCUCGGUGUCUCCAGUUUUUGUCUUGUCUUCUUGUUUGGCUUUGGGGGUGUUGGAGUUUGCUCCUGGAGGUGAGUCUGGGUUGGGUUGGGGUUUUAGGUCGUGUAGUUGGGGUUUUAGGUCGUGUAGUUGGGGUUUUAGGUCGUGUAGUUGGGGUAUGGUGGUCUUUGCUAUGUUUUUAUGUGGUGUUUAAGUGAGCUUGGGUGGUCUUUCCUAUGGCCUGGUGUAUGGGGUUGGGAGGGAAGGGGGAGAUUGAUGGGGUGGAGGGGGUGAGCUGGGUUGGGGGGAGGUAGGUUCCCAGUCAGGGCUAUUCGCUAUGUAUUUUUUUUUUUUUGGUCGUUUAUUUGUUUGGGGGGGGGUACGCUUGGGGGGGACUGUCACAGUCCUCUGUUCCUCCUUUUAGUUAAGCGGUAAGGGGUGUUGGAUCCAUGGGUCCCAUAUCUUAUGGUAGUGUUGUCGUGUCAUGUAGCAGUGCCGAUAGUUUGUCCAUUUGCAUGGCUUCAUUCAUUUUCCUGAUCAUAGUGGCUAGUUGGGGUGUGGUUUGGUUUCCCCAUUGUUCCGCUAUUGUGUGUCUAGUUGCUAGUGCCAUUCUUGCUAUCAGUUUGUUCUGGGCUCUGGUAAGGAGGGGAGCGGGGGGGUGUUUGGAAAGUAGCCACACCCAGGGGUCCUUGGGUAUGUCCAUAUUAAGUAUGUUGGAUGCUAGUGUUGAUACUUUUUUCCCAUAUUUGUGAGGUCUGUGGGCAUUCCCACCAAAGGUGGAUGUAAGUGCCCUUUUGCCCGCAUCCCUUCCAGCAUGAGUCCGUGGUUGCCCUGCCCAUCUGUCUCCUUCUCAGGGGUGUGAGGUACCACCUGAGUAGGGUCUUGUAUGCCUGUUCCUUGUGAUUCACACAUAUGGUGAGUGAGGCCGUAGCCUGCCAUAUGUCCGACCAAUCUGAUGGGUCCUCUGGGGGGCCUAUGUCUUUUUCCCACGCCUUCGUGUAUGCGAGGGUGUCUUCCGGGGAAUUGGCAUUUAGGAGGAGGUAUAUGGUGGAGAUUUGUCCCUUUUGUAUGGGUGGUAUGUCAAACUUUUAAUGGAAUGCCUUCUUUUCAUUGGAGAGGGGACAUGUAGUUUUGGUUUUUGGCUAUUUGUAUGUGCUGCCAUUCAUAUUUUUACCCAAAUGUUUAGUUAAAGAUUUUCCAGCAACUGUGCUAAUUUUGCUUCAAGGCUUAAAUUUGAUCUGAAUCUAGCUCCUAAUCCACGCAGCAAACCUUUUAUUAUAGGUCUUUGAUGGUCAUGGGGACGAGCGGUCAGAGUCCACAUCUGAAAGCGCUGAUGAAUGUCAGGCUGAAGUUUCCAUGUCGUCUAGAAAGUCGGAAAAGUGCCACGCAAGGAAAGAAAUGGUCUGCCAGGUAAAGUUAGCUUUAUGCAUAUAUUGAAUUUGUGUAAAUGCAUGUUUCUUCAUUGAUUUUUAAUUGAAAGUCCAGGGACUUGUUAAACAGAUUUUUAAUCCCUCUUACAUUAUAGACAGGGAUUAUCUGUAUACUAGCUAGAGCCUAAAUGUGUAAGACAAGGCACUGUCAAAGCGGAUUUGUCCAUUAAAAAAUAUAAAUAAUAAAAAAUUUAAAAAAAAAAUAUAUAUAUAUAUAUAUAUAAUUUAUUUUUUUUGCAUGUCCACAGCCCCUUUCCCACCCUCAAUAUGGUGGCCCAUUUCUUUUUUGAAAUUACACUUUAUUUUUAUUUUUUAAAGUUAUACAUAAGUAAACGUAGGGACUACUGUGAUUCUUGCGAAAUAGUGAGUCAACACAGAUCCAUUUGAGGGGAAAUGUAAGUUGCAGUGGUCCCUCAGGCCUGAAUUGGCUGGUGGGUAUAUCUACAUAACUGUGCACCAAUGUUUGAAAACUGUUAAAAGGUAAUGGUUACUUCUCUGGAAUUUAGUUGAAUACAACAUUAAAAAUCACCUGUAAAUUUUAACCUUACUCAAUGUGUGAGGAAAUCAAAUGUCACUUGACAAAGUUUGACUUGGUUGCAGCAGCAGAAUCUCCCUCUAAUGGCUGUCAGGCCACUAGAGGUACAUUAGCUAUACCUUAAAACAUCUAUAUUAACAAUAAUUUACAUUCCAGGAGUAAAACUGCAGUGUAACAAAACACCAAGCACUCUAUUAAGAGGAAAUUGUUUGGGUGCCUAUAUUGGUCCUUUUUAAAAAUUUCUAUCCAGGAUUUGGCAAAUUACAUUAAAAAACCUCUUUAGACAAGGCAAAACCAGGCAACAUGUUUAAUGAAACAUUGUCUCCUCUCUGUAUGCCCUCAAUAUCUGGAGUGCCUAAGAUUGCAUAUACCUGCUCUACUUGCUGACUGCCAUGUGUGAAGGACAAAGUUUAUAACCAUGAUUAACAUUGAGCUAAGCUGUAUACUCCUAUUUUUAGGACAAGAUUGUUGAUUUCUCCAUUUAAUUUUAUUAUUUACUUAGGCUAUCCCCAAGUCAAAAGAUGUGGACCCCGUGCUCAAUGUGCCUAGAGUAGUAUCAGUUCUAACUCGCUGUACCUCUUGUGCAGUAAGAACUAGCUGGCAUUAUUGGGAAGGAUCAGUCUGUUAUGCAAAUGGUAUAAGUUCUCUGUAAUGGCACAAAGGAGCAAAAAACAUUUGAGACUUGAGUGGGGACUAACUGAACGGCAAAUUUGCCCAUGCCUAUGUUUUUUUAAUUGAUUUUUUUUUUAUAUUGCAAAUAUUUAGAUAAGUAGUGCAUUUCUCCAGUCUUUGCUGCACAUAUUAGAAAAACAUACAGAAUACAGAUGCACUUUACAUCUUUGCAUUCAUGGUAAUUUAACUGAUAAGUAGAACGGAAGCUGCAGAUAUAACUGUAUGUGACUCCAUUUUAUGCAAAUUUCUAAAAUGGCAUAUGACUGUGCAGUGCAAAUUACAUUUGCAAAAUGCGCACCACGGAAUUAAGUGAUCUUAUAAAUUAACGGAGAUUUCUGCCAGUGCAUGAUUUUAUGUGGAACAGGAGGAGGAUGAAACACCUAGCCAACAUCACUUUGUGUGACUAACUUUGAUAACAUUUCAUUUAUACUUUGACUCUGUUAAAUUGCUAGCCAAUGCAUGUUUGGAACUUUAUUCACUACGCAGUUUGUGACUCAAGUAUUUACCACUUGUGUGUUUGUAAAUCUGAUCUGCAUAUUGUGUUCAAAUAACAGUGCUUGUAUUCAAUAUUAAAAGUUAGUCAAAAGUAUAUUUUUGUAAAUGUUUACUAGGUGUGUGAAAAACCUGGCGAUAUCUUGCUAUGUGAAGGGGUGUGUUCCUCUGCCUUCCACCCAGCUUGCCUUGGGCUUUCUACCACACCGAAAGGCUUCUAUUGCAAGGAAUGCACGUCAGGUUAGUUUUAAUGCUUUUUAUACUUCUCCUUACUUGAGUAAGCAAGUAACCAAUAAAAAUAUAACAAGCUUAUGGGCUCAAUAACUUUAUAACAGUGGUGGUAAUGUUUAAGUUCAAGACUGGACAUACUCCAUUUGCAAUACUUUGGGUUGUCUACUUUUGCAAAUGGUAUUGAGCUGAAGUGGUCUGGGUGACGCUAGUGGUCCUCUAAAAUAUAAAGGACCACUAUAGUCACCCAGACCUUAUAUACAUACAUACAGGUUUUAACCCUGCAGCUGUAAACAUAGCAGUUUCCCUGACAGCUGCUAGAGGUUAUUCCCUGACGCUCAAUGUGAAAAUUGCAUUGAGCAUGCAGAAUGUCCAUAAGAAAACAUUGAAUAAUGCUUUCCUGUGGGCCGUUUGAAUGCGCGCACGGCUCUGGCCGCGCAUGCGCAUUUGGCUCCACUUGGGAGCUGACAUCGGAGGGGAAUGAGGUCACCAGCGAAGAAGCCCUGCGCUGGAUUAAGGUAAGUGGCUGAAUGGGUUUUAACCCCUUCAGCCCAGCGGGAGGGGAGCCCUGAGGGUGGGGGAACCCAAGGACUAGUUUGUUUUCCUGACACUAUAGUGGUCCUUUAAUAUCAAAAUACAGUUAGAACAAAAUUACACAUAUAUAUUUAUAUUUCAUUUUUAGCAUAUAUAUACAUAUUAUCAUUCUAUGUGUAUUUUGAUAUUGGCUCCCUGGGAUUGGCCACCCCCCCCCCAUCGCGAUCGCCGGCGAGCAGGUAAGUGAAUAGAACAGAGUGUACAUGUCAGCGUUUACAGCCGGAUCCCCAUGGACUGCAUAGCACGCCCGCCGUUAAGGGGUUAAUGUACAGCAAAUUGACGGUUCUUAUCUAGAGCAGGGGUAGUUAACCUUCAAAUACAUACCGCCCACUUGUGUAUCUUUUUUGAUGGUAAAAUUUCCACAUUAACUUACUUUAAAAUAUAUUUUAGAAAAAAGGCUUAAAAAAAAAAAAAGUACUUAAAUGUCUUUGAAUUUCUUUUUUAUGCAUGUUCACACACAUACAGUUAAAACUUAAUGAAUUUCCGCAUCUCCAUCAAUGCAGUGCCUACUAGCGCGGGAGCAGCUAAAAUUGAAGAAAAAGAAAGUUAAAUGUGAAACCUGGAUUUUUUUCUUUCCUUCCCCCCCCCCCUUCCUUAUUGCAAUCACCAGCAAGAAGGCUGAACAAGGUAGCAAACUUUAUUAGUAGCCGAAAACAGAAAAAGUAAUAUCUUUGCAUCACGAUUUUUUCCCCUUUCUCUUUAAUCUCUCCUUUACUUAUAUUUGUUUUCCUUCUUUCUUUUAUUUUAAGUUAACAGAAUAGCAGCCACUCUAAACGCCACACUCCUUCCCGUCCCUUUCCUCUUCCAGUGUGUUACAUCAUCACACGCCCGUCCGUCCCAACCAGGGUGUAGCUGCGCUCACUUUUCUUUUUAGCCAUCGAGAGAGAUUUAGCAAACAGACAUUCAUGCAAUGCGUGUUGGGCAUUUUUGUGAGGUGUCUCUCUCAAUGGAGGGAGGCGCGGGCCUGUUGUUGUGACUGAGAACAGAGGGUCGCGGAUAAAACCGCCCACCAUGAAAGCUUGAAUCGGCAGUAGGAACCAGGUUGACUACCAUUGAUCUAGAGUUUAAUGGGGCUCUGCCACUUCUCUGCAAUUUACAGUUUAAAAUUUUAUUAUCAAUUUAGCAUCUCUCAUCAUUAUCCAGUUCACACAAAGCAAGGAAAACAGUGCAGAUAGUGUGGAGAAAAAGAAACAUUGUUUAAUUUCUCAUCUCUCUAUGCUCACAACCUGAUGCAAGAGAGGGAGCUUAUAACCAUGAUUGGAAGGGAACUAAAAUGGAGAUGCCCAGUUGCAGAAUAAAGGUGUGGAUUUCUACAUUUAAUUUUUAUUUACACAUCUCACAAAUACAGAUUUGUUGUAAUUAGGGAAUAGGGAAGAAAAAACAGAAAACCUCAGUUUGGCUAGACACGAAAAUCUGUAUUUGUGAGAUGUGUAAUACAGAUUUAGUAACAGUUUAGUAGAUUUGCUACUGCUUUAAAAAAGUUAAAACAAAAUUAGGAACAUUUGUGUUUUUUAAUUUUUUUAAAUGUGUUUCUAUUUUCCUUCAUCACCUACAAUUUCUGUACUGUACUGUAAUAUUUUCUCCUGUUAAGGUAUCCACUCCUGCUUUGUGUGUAAGAUGAAUACACCGGAUGUUAAACGCUGUGUUGCUUCAAACUGUGGAAAGUUUUAUCAUGAGAUCUGUCUCCAAAACUACCCUCUGACGGUGUUUGACAACAAAGGUAUUCGGUGCCCUCUUCAUCGCUGUGCCAGCUGUUGCGUCGCAAACCCUUCUAAUCCGAGGACAUCAAAAGGUAAUCUGUUUCAGAAAUGCAAACUGCUUUAAAAAACAAACCAAAAAAAAACAAACCUUUAUUUAGAUAUAAUGAAUUAUUUUUUUUGUGGGGAUUUUUUGAGUGCGUUUUGGGAGUUUUACCUAUAAACUCUGUUAGAUGUCUGUUCUUUCUAUAGAAAUAAAGUACACACUGUCAUGGGUUUUGGAAAAAUUAAGAUCUUGUUCCAUAAGGGCAUAUAAAAUAUAUAAAAAUGUGUUCACUGAUUUUCUGUUUACAGGGAAACUUAUCCGUUGUGUUCGCUGCCCGGUUGCGUAUCAUGGUGGUGAAGCUUGUGUUGCUGCAGGAUGCACAAUGUUAACUUCUUCCAGUAUAAUCUGUACCGCACAUUUUGCUGCUAAGAAAGGAAAAAGUCAUCAUGCACAUGUAAACGUGAACUGGUGUUUUAUUUGUUCAAACGGUAAUCUAUUUUAUUUGCCUACUUUGCGUGUCUGCCACAGUUCUGUUUUGCACUGUACAAGCCCCUAGGGUUAGUCACUGAGAGCAAGGUUUACUUUUGUUUAAAAUCAAGCGCAGCUGGCACCAAGCCUUUUUAACACACUUAUCUGUUUGCAUAGUGACCCUAGUUCCAUUAUCCAGUAACGGAUGAUAAGUUGAAAGGUUGUAUGUUUGCUAUGGAGGUCUCAAAGUUGGUGUUUUUCAAUACUGUGGAAUGCUGAAACUUCAUUUGAGUUUACUAUUAGAAAGCCAGCUAGAGCCUGUAGCAUGUACUACUUGAUGGGUUUGUUUUGAGGGGAAAGGUUGUCAAAGUAAUGUUUUUAUUUAUAUAUAGUAAAAUAGUAAACUUUUUUUUUUUUUAUGCAGGAGGAAGCUUGCUGUGUUGUGAGUCCUGCCCUGCUGCAUUUCACCCCGACUGCUUGAAUAUUGAAAUGCCAGAUGGCAGCUGGUUUUGCAAUGAUUGCCGAGCAGGGAAGAAACCGCAAUUUCAAGACAUCAUUUGGGUGAAGCUGGGAAACUACAGGUCCGCAAGAAAAUAAUUCAGAUGUUUUAUAUGUACUUCUUCACUUGAAGGAGAACUGCCACCAAAAUGCUUGUUUUGCAUUGGCAUCCUUAAAAGUUUGCCUCAGGCAUCGUAACCUCGACAGCCUGACAUAGUAGUUAUGAUGUGAGGAGUACGCCAAUGCUGUUCCUUGAUAAUGGAGCAUGCCGUUCUGCAACUGUUUGCCCUAAACCUGGGUCCCGAGAGGAGCCAAGGCUCUCAACCAAUGAAUAUGCACAGAUUUAACAUUAGCCGGCCAAAUACCCUUUUUCGGUACUAGCAAAACACUCUGCAAGAGAGAUAGUUACACCUCCAGCAGCAAAGGGUUUAAACUCUUUACUGGUUCAAACUGAAAAGACUAGCAAAGUGUCAUGACACUAAAUCAUGUGUCCUACACCACAAUGGCAGAACCUGCUAAUGCUGUUUUUAUGAAUGUUGGUAUCCUGCCUUUCUGUUGUGCCCACAUAAAACUAAAGUCUUGCUAGAAAUAUAUUUGGUGUUGCUAACAGACUUUUUAAAGGGCAUAUGAUGUGCCAAACAUUAGUCACUUUAAAGAUUACAUUUUAUAAUUCAGGGUGACUAGCAAAUGUAUAUUUUACAAAAAGAUCAAUAAAAUGUUGCCUUCCCUAUAUGUCAGUCUGGCUUUGACAUUCACAUGUGCCAGUGAUUGCCCUGUAUGCCAAGAUCUAAACACAAGCAAAAAGACUUCCUUUGGGUAUUUCCAUAUUCUCUUACACAGUACAUAUUUCAGUGACUGCCUGGACAUUGUGUCUGGCAUUAUUUUGCUCACACACCAAUGCACUGACAAUGAAACCAGCGUGUCUGUGUAAUAAUAGAGGAUCACUGUGCACUGACAAUGAAGCCAGCGUGUCUCUGUAGUAAUAGAGGAUCACUAUGCACUGACAAUGAAACCAGCGUGUCUGUGUAAUAAUAGGAUAACUCUGCUUUGGGAAACUGAUGCCAUGAUUUAGUAUUCGGUAUAUAAUGCUACAACAACCUAUCUAUUCGUUGCAUAAGAAAGUUCAAGGCAUGCAGGGAAAAUUAUGGUAUUUGCCAUCUAUAUUAAACACAUGGUACAUGCAGCUUUAUUAAAAUUGUUAUAUGUUUAUAUAAAGACACUAUAACAGGCUGCAUUAAGGUGUCCACAAAGUACUGUUACCUGCAUUGCUUGAUGUGAAACAGUGAGGACAUACAGUGUGAGUGGAUGGUUGUAGGAAUAUGCAGUCUUUACAAAGCAACUACAUCAAAUUUAAAAUCUUUUAUUUAUAACUUCCUUCUCUACAAAAGCAUUAAGUAACCACGGUGCUUUUGGCUUAAAUAUGAACAGCAGCAUAUCUAGUUAUACAUAUUCCUAUUAGUUAUGUCAUUUGUUGGCUUAAUAUUCACUAAGUUUGUCCCAGUUUUGAUAGGCAUUCAAUAAAAUUGCAUUAGUGCAUGUUUAAUUUCCUGGUUAUAUCAGCAAUUGUUGCAUUGUUACUUUGAUAGGUGGUGGCCUGCAGAAGUGUGUCACCCUAAGAAUGUCCCUCCAAACAUCCAAAAGAUGAAGCAUGAAAUUGGUGAAUUUCCAGUGUUCUUCUUCGGUUCCAAAGAUUAUUACUGGACUCACCAAGCCAGGGUAUUCCCAUACAUGGAAGGAGACCGGGGCAGCAGACACCAUAGCGGAAAAGGCAUUGGAAAAGUUUUCAAAAAUGGUAGGCUGCACUACAUGCUUUUUUAUAUUACCACGAGGCAAUGUAAUAAGUUAAGAAAUCUAGUGCCUAGAAAAAUGUUCCAAUUUGUUACAUUAAAUUUUAUUUCCUGGGGUCAGAAGUACUAUUAACAUUCUUUGCAGGCUUCAGUGCCACAGAAUUGUAUACAUUUUUUGUAUUGGGAAAAAAAUCUGUGCCUACUAUAUUCAUUCUUUAAAAGUUUUCGGAGACUGCAUUCCUAAAAGUGCCACCAGGUUCCAUACAAAUCCUCAUAAACAAGCCAUAACAUUUUGGUGUGUUUUUUUUUUUUUUUUCUUUUCUAUUUGACAAUCCUUGUAUUUCGGCUUCUUUACUCUUGUUUCAGACGUCUUGAGAUAUUGCUAGAUUAGAGGUACCAUAUAUUUUAACUUUAGGAAAUUUGGGAGCUAGCUCUGCAUCCAAUAUAUUACAUAAUGUUUAAUCUGUAAAUGUUUAAUUUUUUUCCACCUUCUUUCUAAAAUCAAAUUGUAAGUUCUCUAUUUUGUUUUAAUUUUGUACUCUAUUCAGCUCUUCGAGAUGCAGAAGCUCGCUUUUGUGAAGUGAAGUGCCAACGGGAAGCAAAGGAAACUCUUGAAAAUGAAAAGAAGCCACCGCCUUAUAAACACAUAAAGGUAGUGACCUCUCUUUAACAAUAGUAUAGCCUACAGUGGUCAUCGUUUCCUCUCCAACUCCUUUAUAUUUGUAUGUUUUCAAGGUGAAUAAGCCUUACGGAAAAGUUCAAGUUUACACUGCUGACAUAUCUGAAAUUCCUAAGUGCAAUUGUAAGCCGUCAAGUGAGAAGCCUUGUGGGCUCGACUCGGAAUGUUUAAACCGCAUGCUGAUGUAUGAAUGCCACCCCCAAGUAUGUCCUGCGGGAGAACGAUGUCAGAACCAGGCAUUUACAAAACGGCAAUAUCCAGAAACCAAGAUUAUUAAAACUGAAGGGAAGGGAUGGGGCUUGAUUGCUACCAGAGAUAUUAAAAAGGUAAGCUUUAACUGCCCACAUUGUGAAACUUAAUGAAUACUUCAGGUAUGCAUACACUGAGGAAGAUGCACUAUAUGUUGUGGCUAUCAUUUUGUCUUAGAUUUAUUAUUCUAGGGUGUGGUUCAAGUUCAUAAUAUUUAAUUUUGUUUCAUAAUUCCAGGGUGAAUUUGUGAAUGAAUAUAUUGGUGAACUUAUAGAUGAAGAGGAAUGUAUGGCACGUAUUAGGCAUGCACAGGAGAAUGAUAUUACGCACUUUUACAUGCUGACCAUUGACAAGGUAAUAUGAUCCACAACCAAACUGUUACUUCAUACCUUAUUUACAAAUAUGCUCUGCCUCUCUAACCCUGUCUUAUAUUCUUGGCAAAGGUGUGGAGUGUUUGAGCUACAUUAAUUAUGUAUUGGUUUGGGGGUGCCAUAUCUAGUGUAAUGUGUCACCACGGUUUUCAAUUCAACAUAUACCACUAGAGGGUAGUUAUGUUGUUUAUAUAGCGCCAACAAAUUCCGCAGCGCUUUACCGUGGGUGGACGAACAGACUUGUUGUAACCAAACAAGUUGGACACACAGGAACAGAGGGGUUGAGGGCCUUGCUCAAUGAGCUUACAUGCUAGAGGGAGUGGGGUAAAGUGACACAAAAGGUAAGGAUCGUAUUAGACUAAUGACCGUUGCAAGAGAGGAAUCAGUCGGGCGCUAUUAACAGUUCAAUUGAUACGCUUUUAUGAAGAAGUUAAAAGAACAUGCUCAUGUUAAUACAUUUAUUAACAAAUGUCAAUGUUCUCCUGUGUGUAAUGGGACAGCAGCAUCUAUGCAUAAAAAUCACAUUAAAUAUGUAGUGGUUUUGGAGCUUAAAGUACCCCUUUAACCUGUCUGCCACCCUUAUCUGUGUAGAAGGAAGAAAUCUUUACCCAUGCAAGUUGUGGGCAAAAUAACAAAUACCAAACAAAAAAUGUUUUAACUAAAGUCACUAAGACUGAGUUUUAAUUCGCAGUAUGUGUUGGCAGUACAAGAGGGCAAACAAUUACCACUUCAUUAUUAUUCAGGAUUGAGUUUAAGUCCAUGCAUAUCUUCACCCACAGUGGCAAUUAUCUUCUGUUUAACAAGAUGGGAACACUGUAAUCAUUUUAUUGGUCCAUGCAAACAAUAAUCAUUCCCAAUAGCCACUUAAUACGGGCAGUUUUACAUGAGUAGGAGUGCCUUGUCCAGCAGAUGCAAUUCAUUAUGUGGUUUCCCUAUUGCUAUUAUUUUAGAUUGUUUCUGCUACACAGAUAAAUGCAAUUUCAUUAACAGCAGGAUGAAGUCAAACACUUCCCAUUGCCUUACAGAAGUUAGAUAAAACAAUGGUCAUGUUGAUCUAAAAAUCAUGGGACCUUUAUGUGGACCUCAAGAGUCCAACGUGCAGAGUUUAAAAAAACAAACAAAAAAAAACUGGAGACCAACAAAUAGUGCACUAUCCCGUUAUGCAUAAUUCAGAACAAAAAAAUUGGGUUCCCUGGAAUCAAACUGUAAACCUACUCCAUUAUACAUUAGACUCCUUAUUACAUUAACUUCAUCUUAGACUUUGAAGCAAUUCACCUGAAUAAAAUUCCUCUUAGUUGAAACCGGAACAGAUUGUUCUGUAACCAGGAAUCUUGUUUGGGCGAAUCACUUGAAUGAAGUGGACCUGGAAUUCCUGGCUGCCAUCCUGUCUUACAGUCAUAAACCGUUUUUGAAUUGGUCGCCCAAGCCAAUAUGUUUCUCUGUUAUCCAAGUUACAGGGUAAGGGAGUUUAGAGUUAAUAUGAACCAAGGGAAUCACAAAGGAGAGAAGGCCACACUUACAUUUCAGCUACUUGUGAAUAGUCAGAUUGGCAAACUCAGAUAUAUUUGGUUGAUCUUAACGCCAAAUGGAAUGCAAAUAUGGCUUUGCCUCUUGUGAAUAGCCACAUGAGUUACCAGUAGAAACACUUCAAUUUGGUACAUAAUGAAUAGACAUCUUUAUAUAAAAUUGCUCUGUACUUGAUUGUAAGUUCCGGGACAUGGUUCUCAGUGCCUGCUGAAUCUGUGCAUAUGUUUGCUUGUUCAUAGGACCGAAUAAUUGAUGCUGGGCCAAAAGGAAACUAUUCUCGUUUUAUGAAUCACAGCUGCCAACCAAACUGUGAUACCCAGAAAUGGACAGUGAAUGGAGAUACACGUGUAGGUCUAUUUGCAGUACGUGAUAUACCUGCAGGUAAGAAUGAUAAAUAGAAGAAUCUCUAGCUUGACACAUACUAACUACAUUUGUUUCUUUCUAUAAAUGCUUUGACAUUCAAAGGAUUAUCAAGACCACAGUCAAAACAAGAGACUAGCCAAAAAAAAGUACAGCUUUCUAAUCCUAGGCGCAUUUUUGUAAACUAUUGGGUUUUAAUUUUUUUCUAAAACCAUAUGGUUCCAAUUCACAUAAAACCAGCAUUGUUUGAACAUCUUAAAUAAUUCAGCUUAAGUGACGUUUAACCUUUAUUUCUAUGGUCUUUCAAUAAAAUAGCUGUUACUGUGGACCUCUUAGCUGAGCUUUGUUGAGUGGCUAUUGUACUAUUCUUUUUCAUUUUUGCAUGCUUGUACUUGCAAUACAUCAGGCUUUUUGUUAUCCCUCUUAAAGCGACUCUCCAGUGCCAGGAAAACAUAUCCAUUUUCCUGGCACUGCAGGACCCUGCAAUGGCCCUCUCCCUCCCAGCCCCUAUCCCAUGUUGCUGAAGGGGUUAAAACCCCUUCAGUGACUUACCUGAAUCCAGCGCCGAUGUCCCUUGUGCUGGGUCAGGCUUCGCCUAUGCUCUUCCGGGGGAGACCUAAUGCGCAUGCACAGCAAUGGCCGCAUGCGCGCAUUAGACCUUCUCAUAGGAAAGCACUCCAUUCAAUGCUUUCCUAUGGGGAUUCCAGUGACGCUGGGGGUCCUCAUGGAUAGCGUGAGGACGUCCAGCAUCAUUAAAACACUUUUCGUGUUCUUAGAACAUGGAAAUCCCUCUAGUGGCUGUCUGAUGGACAGCUACUAGAGGAGGACUUAACCCUGCAAGGUAAUUAUUGCAGUUUAUAAAAACUGCAGUAAUUACGCUUGCAGGGUUAAGGGUGAUGGGAGUUGGCACCCAGACCACUCCAAUGGGCAGAAGUGGUCUGGGUGCCUGGAGUGUUAAUUUAAGUGUGUUGGCUUUAGAGACCCAUGAAGCCAUUAAUCCAAUCUGUUGAUCUUGGCUGUUCUUGUUUUGACUGAAGUGUUCCUGUAAGUUUAUUUUACCUGCGCUAGACAUUGCACAGUAAUGGCAAUGCGGCACAUACAUACAGUGUACCAAAGCAGUCAUGGCUAAAUCUAGUGCUGAAAAUGUUUGUGUACAGCCUGCCAAGGCGUUGCAGAACCCUUAGUCUUAUAGACUGUACUUUAUCGGUCUGCAGAUUUGUCUAUUGGGAAAUUAUAAACUGUUCUUAAAACUUAUCUCCUGUAAUUCCUACGGUUAAAUUUGUUGCUUUGGUUUUACGUGCUUGUCAAAAAAUAUUGUCAUUUUUAUUUUGUAUCUUAGGUGAGGAACUAACGUUUAACUACAACUUAGAUUGCCUUGGUAAUGAGAAAACAAUAUGCAGAUGUGGAGCUCCUAACUGUAGUGGAUUCCUUGGUGACCGCCCAAAGGUUUGAAUACUUUUUCUUUUCUUUUUUUAAAUUUAAGUCCUUAUCAAAGUGCAAAUAAAAACACAAGAACAGAAAAAACGUGUUGUGCUGUGUUUUUUCCCAUUUGCUUCAAUUUUGACAGCUCUCAUUAAAAACCUUUGUUUAAUUUAUUUUUGUUGGGACAAAGCUUUCUGUUAAGAGAGCUGUGUAAGCGAAUUGUGAUGUAUCUUUUUAAAAACAAAUAUUUAUUGGCUGUGAUAUUUACUUUUCAUUUAUAAACAUUUUCUGGGCACCGGGGCAACAUGCAAACUAGUUAGCCCUUGUAGUGCUGUACACAAAGAGCUUAUGCUCGUCAACAGAAUUUCUCUGUAGAUGCCCAAAUGUGCAGGACUAAAACUACAGUAUCAUGAUGCCCUGAGUUGGUCUACACUACAGAUAAGAGAUGACCCAAUUUUUAUGAUGUAAAAUUUCACUGGAAUUACAAAGAGCUGUCAUUUUUACUUCCUUUCUGAUACUUACCAAUAUAACAUAAAACUUUUAGCUCCAACCUAAGACAACCACCUCCUUCUGUUUGUAUAAUGCACAGCAGCUGGCUUUUUUAUCCUACAUCAGUUUUAAUUCCUUAACAGGAAUUUGUCAGUGGAAUAUAAUGCACACAUUGCAUUGUUCUACUUUGCACAUUGUGUGCUACUGAGCUUAUACACGCUGAUGGCUACAGGUUGCAGUCCAUUCGGCUUCUGCAUGUUCCUAAGUUGGAAGGCUGGUCAGAUAUUGAGGUUUCCUUCAGGUAUAAUUCUUACAAUAAUUUUUAUUAUAGAAUGAAUAAACAACCUACUGAAUUUCCCUGCAGGCAAGCCUCUGUCAACCACAUUUAAAGCAACAGAGACAAGUGUGUAGACUGUCAUCAACCACUCCUUGGAAGUUUUAUAAAUCUGUUUGGCAUCUUACGUGGGAGUCUGUCAGGAAACUGAGCUAAUUUAUGACAUGGCUUCUGCGCUCACUGGUGCCUUUCCUUGAUGGGGGGAAAAGGGGGGGGGGGGUAGACUCUUGGCAUCCUGACUUCCUGUAUCUUUUCUUCAACUUCCUCCUUGCAUCAUAGAAAGCAGACUCCCUUCUGCCUUCUAGAUUUUCAGGAGUGGAGAUUUGUUGGCAUUUAUAGAUCUCAGAUUCAAGCAUAUGUGAUCGGGUAGAGGCAUGAAAAUAUCCUAAACAAAUGCAUCCUGUAGAGUGCUAUUUAGCACAAAAGUAUGGUUUGCCCCUUCAGUGAUUUACCUGUAUCCAGCGCCAAUGUCCCUCGGCGCUGGUUCAGGGUCCACCCAUGCGCCUUCCCGCCGAUGUCAUCCGGCGGGGGAGACCUAUUGAGCAUGCGCGUUCGACCUUCCCAUAGGAAAGUAUUGAAAAAUGCUUUCCUAUGGGUAUUUCAGCGACGCUGGAGGUCCUCACAUAGCGUGAGGACGUCCAGCGAAGCUAUAGCACACCUUUUGUGUUCUAUGACAGCCACUAGAUGAGUUGUUAACCCUGCAAGGUAAUAUUGCAGUUUAUGAAAAUUGCAAUAACACUUGCAGGGUUAAGGGUAGUGGGAGUUGGCACCCAGACCACUCCAAUGGGCAGAAGUGGUCUGAGUGCCAAGAGUGUCCCUUUAAUCUUUGUAAUGAUAGCAUUUGUCCACUACCUUCUGCAAUACUGUUUCAAAACAUCCAACCGUCUGAGAUAUGACCAUAUUUUCAUGCUGAAUGUGCAGUGUUUCAGCUAGAAAUGUUGGAUAUACAGAGACUUCUGCAGUGGUGUAGUUACACCCCCUGCACUCAUGAAGUAGACAGCCUUUAAUUGUUCUAUACUGUCCAAUGUGCGCUGGCAACAGACUUAUUAUGAUGUGAAACCUGUAUGAUUGUGUGCGUGUGGAUUGCGUACACACAGUCCAAUACUCUGCUUGUUCCCUUCUUUAACCCCUUAAGGACACAUGACAUGUGUGACAUGUCAUGAUUCCAUUUUAUUCCAGAAGUUUGGUCCUUAAGGGGUUAAAGUAUCGCCUUCCCUCCACAACACUUACCGUCUGCCUGACCCCACACCACAACUUUUGUCACUUCCUUUAAUUAAUCCGGUCCAGCCCUCCGUCCAUGUUCCUCUCUUGUCGCAACACUACCAUGCAUCCGAGGUCCAACAAUGCUAAGUGCUGCUAUUUAAGCCAUGUCAAUUUUUCUCUACAUGGGUUAACGACUAGCUUGGAGCCCUCUGAUAUUCCAAAGUCUCUGUCUAUUAUGGCUCACAAAGAAAACAUUGAAACUGAUAUUUCUCUAGAUUGUUCAACUUGCAAAAAGCAGAAAUGUCUCUUAUUUUUGCAGUUGUUUGUUUUUUCAAAUAAAAAAAGAUAUUUAUAGCCUGGUGACUUUUUGUUUAAAGAAGCACUCCAUCGUAACUAAAGCCCACUGUUUAAGAACGGAUUCACAUCUUACUUGGAAUCCAUCUCUUGCAAAGGAGCUUCUGUUAGCUCCACUCAGCCAAUGGACAUGGAUGUGUUUUCAUUCUUCUGGUAAAGCCAGUCACAAACUAUAGUACUGUAGUGGUUAAUUCUUCAUACCUAACAACCUGUGCAGUCAUUUGCAAAAGGACCAGUGAACAUUUUUAAAGGAUGUUAUAGUGUAUAUGCAUACAGUACUUUGAAUUGCAAUAGAUCUUCAAUUUAGGUAAGAUUUUGGUGAAAUUUGUAUAGUUGGAUCUUGAGAGAAACUUCAUUGAUGCUUUACCAUUUGUUUAAAAAAAAUUCGCAUUCUCACUAGACACAUUUUAUACUGCAUGUUUUGUACUUUCACUAGUUACCAUGUGAUGAGGUCACCUGGUACUUUUUAUAUUUUAAUUAAAUUACUGUAGGUGGCAAUAACAUGUUUUGCAAAGGUUGCAUAUUACACAAUCUCAUAGUGGAUCGGUUUGUCUUUUUCUCCCUGAUCUUUCUAUUAACAUUUUGGCUAUACUAAAGCAUUAUUCUGGGGAUGUUGCUUCCUGACGUGUGCAUUGUAGUUUGUCUUUAUGGCUUUUUAUUAAUGACCGCUUGUGCAAAUUUCUGUUGUAAGUAGGUACUUGGGCUGUUGUAAAAUUCAAUGGCAACUGAUUUCUAUUUUCACGAUCCAUGACUCUUAAAUUUGAAGAGAUUACCAAAAGCAACUACUGGCUCUUCAUGUAAUAUUUGCAUUUUUCUGUUUUAGAACUCCUCUUCAGCCUCACAUGAAGAGAAAACAAAGAAACACAAGAAAAAGCAGAAGAAACGCCGAUCUAGAUCUGAUGGGAGGAAAGAGUCUGAGGAUUACUGCUUUCGUUGUGAUGAUGGUGGUGAGCUAAUCUUAUGUGACCGGAAAUUUUGCACAAAGGCGUAUCACCUCUCUUGUCUGGAUCUUGUCAAGCGGCCUUUUGGUAAGAGUUCAGCAUAAUUCUAAUCUAUUAAUCUGUGUUGCUGAUGGAUGUGUUUUUAGAAGUGGGCAGGAAGCAUAGCCACUCCUUUGCAGAGGUGGACCUAAGCAUAUCUUGAAUGAGUGGCUUGAGCAUGUCUUCUUUGUUGCCACUAGUAUUUUUCUUUGCCUCAUAUAAGCAAGUAGCUCUCAAAAAAAUUAUUACAUCCUGUGCUUCCUAGGUAUUCAAUCACACACGCACACUGGCCCUUAUAUCCUAUAUAUCAAGUAUUGAAAAUUUGUAUUCCUGCUCCUUGCAUGACAGAUAAAAUGUCUCUUUAUGACUUAUUUCCCUGUGCUCGUAGGGAGACUUUGAAAUUCUCCAUAGUAGGACAGAGAUGGAGCCAUGUUUGACCAGCGGCUCUGAUUUUCCUUAUGUGAUCGUUAUGCAAUAUUGUUUUACACACUAUCAGUCCUAUACCUGUCAGCACCCCUCAACUUGGCAUUGCUGUAAUGUAAUGUUGCCCUCUGACAGAUUACUUAUUCACUAGCUAACUACAUGUAAUUUGUUUGCAGAUUGUAAAUAAGCUAUGGGUACUUUAGGGUUCUGGUUAUUUUACACCAUUUUUAUUUUGAGGUGCUUUAGUUGUGAUUACCAAUGUAUAUUUCCUUAAUUCUAUUGAAGGCUACAAUUACUGAUAUAAAAGCUUAUGUUUUCUUUUAGGGAAGUGGGAAUGUCCUUGGCACCACUGUGACGUCUGUGGAAAGGCGUCCGUGACCUACUGUUCCUUAUGCCCAAAUUCCUUUUGUAAAAAUCACUAUAAUGAAGAACUGUUCGAGAGAAAUGCAGAUGGACAGCUAUGUUGCUUGGAACAUGAUCAUGAAGAGUCCGUUUCAAGCAAUGCUGUUGUAGUAAAAGCCAAGGAGCGUUCUAAAGCCAAGUAUAAGAAGACGUCAAAAGCCAGAUAG